AGUAACAAAAAGACCGGGCAAUUAUGAAGACUUAAACAUCUUCCACUCAUCUGCCCACUGCAACCUACAACGUUGGGUGCCUUGUACUCCAUGGGCUGCCAAUUCCAGGAAUAUGUAGCGUGACAAAGAAUGCUGUUCCAUAUUAAUCCAGAGGACCAUAAAGCACCGCUACUCUACCUAAAGAGCUGGUUUAAGAAAAAGAAGCCCAGAGCUCCCAAAGCCAGCUAAUGGGAUGGAGUUUUUAUAUUCUGCCAUCAGGUAUGGUUUGAAAACUAUUCCCGGUCUCCAAACGUACAUAGUGGUAUCCUUACUUUUGCAUCAAACGCUUCAGGGUUAUCAAUCUGGGACCUGGCGACACAACACAAAAUGUUCCUCAGCACAGGAUGGUUUUAUGGGGAAAAUCCAAACCACCAUUACUAUUAAUUUCUGUAUAUACAAGACUUCACCUGGGUUAGAAUAUACAAAGUUACCUAUUAAUCAGGCCACCCCACCAUCUAGAACUAGAUACUACAACUGAGUAAAAUCUCUCAGGGUUUUAUGCAGCCCUAGUAAAAUCCCUUUAGCUUUAGACACUGAGAAAUAAACCUAAGACUUAUCUCUCACACACAACCAUACAGAGCUAUUUAGAUCCCAUCUCUCCUAGUGGUGGCUUCCUCAGGGCUUCCAUUUAACCCACUGUAAAAUGGGUGCAGUCCUAUUUCGCAGGGAUGUUUUAAGGGCAAGCCCCAUAAAGGCCCUUAAUGACUCUGCAAAUCAGGAAGUGAUUCACACAUGAGCAGGAGAAAAGCACCGGGUUGUUGUCAUCAGUGCAUGGGGGGGGGGGAGGAACAUUUUUUUGCAAGUUAAACAUUCGCAGAUGGAAUAUGGCUUUGAAUCCUAAUACUCGGCAUAUACGAUUCUGGAUCUAGUCACCCCAUAUAAGUAAUUUGGGGCAGGCGAUAUUUGAGACUUAAAAGACUGCACAGAACUAAGGGAUGGGUUGGGCUGGCGAUGGUGGUUGGGUGGGAAGACACAUAACUUGGCUAAAGACAAACGGAGGGGGGGGACACCCCUUUAUGGGGCAAGGCAGGAGGGCACUAUAGCCCUGUACAUCCCCAGCCCAGGAUCCCCAGCCCCCUCUGACUGCCUUCCCUGGAAACUGAGGCCUUGCCAUUGCUUUCGCCGCCCGCCGCCAGUACCUGCUGCUUCCAGUAACUCCAGCGCCCGGCCGUAGAGGGCGGCCGCCUGGCUGUAUUGCCCGUUGCGGAACUGCUCGUUGCCCGCCUGCCGCAGGUCAGCGAUCCGCGACGCAGGAGCCAUGAAGCCGGCCGCGGGGUGCGAGGAAGCCGGCGCCGGCUCUCGUAAGGGAAAGCAGCCGGGGCUGCAGCUUCCUCCUCCCUCUGCGCUCGAUUAAGCAAGGGGGCGGGCGCCGUCCGCCAGAGGCUCCUCCUUUUCCCUCCAGGGGCGCCUGGGCAGGGCAAGAAGCGCAGGCUGCUCUCCGUGCCCGAAAGUUAGGCGAGGGGGCGGGACGCAGCCCCUUUUAGCACAUGUUCGCUUUCUCGCGAGGAAGCCCCGACUGAGUUCGCUGCGAAUUGCUUCUAAGUUUGCGUGGGAGGAAGCUGCGUCGAACUCAGUGGGACUUACUUCAGAGUAAGCGCGCCUCGGAGGCUCCGGCUGCAAGCGCCUUACUUCCCCCGGUAAUGGCAUAGGACCGGUCUGCUUUCGUUCACUGACGGUCAAAUGACUUUUCAGUUUGGAAGCGGCAAAGGGCUUGAUCCAACAAGCCCAGUUGCGCUAUGGGGCUACAAUCUUGCGCACGUUCACUAGUUGGGAGCAAGUCCCUAAAAGUGCUUGGGCAGGAGAUUCAUACGAGGAAAGGCUUGCAGUCCCGUCCGCGUUUGGGAGCAAAUUCUAUUUAACGCAGGGGGCCUUUUUAUUUUCACACGAGAUGAUGACUGCUAGUUAAUAGAAGUUUAUACCGCGAUCAAUCUUGUUCUCUUGAGUAAAGGCAGCCCCAGUCCUUCGCAUGUUUACCGAGGAAUCAAUCCCAAAGUCAACGGGUCUUCCUAGAAAGUGGCUUUAGGAUGGCAGUCGUGCUGUACAAUCUUAGUUAAGUCCUACUCUGUAGUGAUUUGAGAGCAGGACCCGGGAGACUCCAAAUCCCUCCAGCCCUUAAGUUCAUUUUAUUACAUUUCUGUACUGCCCUUCAUCUGAGGAUCACUGGACAGUUUAAAAUAUAAAAACACAAAAAUGUGUAACAGUAGCAAACAAAAACAAAAGCACAACAGUUUAAAAGGCCAUAGGUUGCUCAAGUAGCCUUGGAGAAGAGGAAUGUUUUUUGCCUGACAUAUGGGCGAUGCUGUGCCUUGUCCCCAUUUCUCUAGUUCAACCUAUGCUGUUGCAAAAAUACAAUGGAACCAGAUACUGACCUGGUGGCUCCUUUGAGUAAAUGCAAGGAACAAGUGUAAUGAUCAUAAAUAUGACCUGCACCCAGGUGAAGAUAGGAUAAGUGUAUUAAGACACCCAUCCUUUUUUAAAAAGUAUACAAGCGUCUACUUAAAAGUUCACAGAUUGGAUUGCUGUGGAUUGCCAUGUGGAAAAGAUAGAAUGUCUUUAAUAUGCAGCACAUUUAGAAAUUACAGGGGAAAUCAUGGAGGCGAAGUCAAAUGUGAAAUUAAUGUGUAUCUGGAUAUGUAUUAAUUUGUAAACUUUUGAAACUCAGAAAAAAUAUAUAUACAGUAAAAAAGAGUGAGUGGAGCUCCAACAGCCUUACCCCCCAGGUAAGGGCGCAAAGGAUUGUAUCCUGUCUUUACAGCAUUACAGGACUAUUUUAGGCAGAUGCUGAAGAUGUACCCUUUAGCACCUGAGGUACAGGACAACACGCCCUUUCCCCCUGCAUGUAAUGUUUUAACUGUUUUUAAUGGUUGUAUAUUUAAAUUGGCCUUUGACCUCCCCCCCACCUCAAGGCUAGUGGCAGGUAAGGAAACAAAUUACAACAACAUGAUGACGUUGGGCCUGAAACGCUGCUAAUUUUCUCUCAUUUUGGGCAGCCAUUUUGCAGCAUCAGCUUAUUUACAGAAGCCCCGCUUUGUUCAACGGGGCUUGCUUACUCCUUAGCUAGAUUUAACUUCAGAAAGCACCUCAACGUUUUAUUUAUUGUGGCCUAUAACCCUUCCUUCAGAGGCAUAAAGAAAAACGCAUCGUGAUUCUUUAUUGGCUUCUGAGGAAACGCGGGAUGGGGGGGGGGGAGUCGGGGAGCAGCAGCGCAGCCAGGAGCGACAUAGCCACGCCCACCGUGAUUUUUUUUUUUAAACAAACCCCCUGGGGGCAACUGCCGCCAAGCCCAGCGAAACCACGUGGCCUGGUGUCGCGCGGCCCCCUUUCUCCUUGCCCCGCCCCCUGCUGGUUUCCGGCUGGUGCUUGCCUGCGGGGAGGGCGGGGUUCUGAGAGGAGGCGGCGGCUACUGCGAGGCGGAAGUGCCUUUGGCGCUGGGGAGGCGGGGCCGAGCGACUCAGCGCGAGCGGGCAGAGCAGAAGGAAGGCGGCGGAGAUGGAGCGGCCGUGAGGAGGGGGAAAGCGCGCGCGCGCCCACCCUCGCCCACCCCGGUCAGGCGGCCAUGGAGACUGUGCAGCUGCGCCACCCGCGCCGGUGAGAAGCCAGAGGGGAAGAGAUGCGCGGUGAUGGUCAGGGUGGCGAAAGAGCUCUUGCGGUCUCCGAGGGGGUGGGAGAAGGCGACCUGGGUGCAUGUAGGUUGCAGAGGCGGGUCGGUGCACUUCUCUUCCUCUUAGGCCCUUUCCCACCCCCCCCCCCCUUCUCCGCUUCCUCCCGGGAAACGCGCUCCUUCUUCGUCUUAAACUGCCCUCCUCGCAUCUUCCGUCGGAGUUCGCGCGCAUGAUCCGGAGGUGGCUAAAUGCAACUGGAGUUGUGCAAAAAAGCCAUGAAAUAAAUAGCCGCCCAAAGCCUUUUUGGGGAACUGCCUGUGUCGUAAAGUUCUCUGCUUAAACUGGGGUUCCAAAGUGAUGUAGGUGGUUGGGACUCACUCCGCUUCCUAUUUUUUAGGAUGCUUUUACAGUACAUUUCUUUUGCAAUUGCUCGCCUGCUGUACCAACUGGAAAUGUGGCCCCUGAAGAAAUGAACAGUUUGGAAAUGAAUGUUUUGGUUUGAGGUCUUCAGCUGUUGACUUAAGACCAGGACUCGCCUUUAACCCCAACCUUCAAAAUGCAACCAGUUUAUAAUCUCAUUUAUUUAUGCUGCUAUAUGGGUGACUGCUCCCCUUUUCUUCUGUAAUUGUGCUCUGUUUCUUUCUCUUAAAGCCCAAGCAUAAAACAAAGUGGAUUAUAUUAACUGUGUGACAAACCUUAGAUGUGGGCAGGUAAACAUGUGAAGAUGUCAUCCUGAGUCAGAUGCUGAUAUGCCUUUUCCAAGUAUUUUCUACUAUGGUAGCAGCUUUCAAAGCUCUUGUGUGUGGGGGGGGGGUGUUCCCAGCUGUCUGAGAUGCCAGGGAUUCAUCCUGGGACCUUGUGCAUGCAGAGCCUGCAGUCUUCCAUGAACCUAAAUACCAUCCUUGAGUAGUGGAGCUUUGCAUUGUUUUUACUGAAUUAUUUCAUGUUACAUGCAACCUACAUGAAAAUGAGGUGUAAGCCAACUCAAACAUGCAGACAUCUGACUGCACGUAGGAAGUGUGUGUUCAACAGCCCCAAAUAGGAAGUGCUGGCCUCUUUUUGCAAAUGCUUAUUGCUCAUUUGAUGAGCAUGGCGAACAGAAGUGAACAAGGAAGUCUGGUGCAUAAUGAGAAGUUCUAGAUGACAAAACUCUUAAGAUCCUUGAUUAACCAUGACCAUAGAGCAGAAUUGAAACAAGGAUGAAUAUGGUUAGACACUAAUACUUCAAGAAUAACCUGUCAUUUAUUAGUCAAAGAUGGCUGAACUGUUAACAUAAUGCUCCCAAAGUGUUGUUAGGUUUUGGUCGCAGUACUGACUGAAAAUAUAGAUCACUAUCUUUAUGUUCUAUAAAGAAAGCUGUCACCACAAAAAGCAGAAUAGCAUGUUGAUCUGUGGAAAGAUGGACAAAUAUGGCUCUCACUUCCUUAGGCUGUUUUGGAUAAACAUAGUUCUGUGCAUUUCAUCACAGGGUUCAUAAGAAGUAUGUUCUGGAAUGAUGUCUUAAUACAAUAUUUGGUUUUUAAAUGUCUUUCUGGGUUGAGGAAUUUGAGGAAGUUAGACCAGAUCAUUCAGAGAACAAAUGACUCGACUCCUCACACCCCACAGGCCUAGAAAGGCAUGUGUGUCGUCUGUCAGUUUUUAAAAGUAAAACUCCUGUUAUUUAUAACAUAAUGUGUACAAUUUUAUUUUUUCUCACAGUUAUGAUGUUGCUGGUAGAAAUGGAUUGUUGUAAAAGAAGUACAUUUUACUUCAUUUAAUUGUGAUGUUUCUUAGGGUGGGUCCACAUGUGUAUUCAAUGUGAUAAUGUCAGUGGCCUUAUCAUAACUUCCCCCACACUCCCCAGGCUCAUGCUUAUUCAAACAGUAAUGCCUGAUAACAUGCUUUGUGGUUGCUUGUCGGUUGUAUGUGUUGGGCUGUAAUCAUUUAACAUUAGGAAAAUUGUCUCUCUCCCCCCUCAUCCUCCUGGACUCAAAUGUUGCCUUCUUCCCUCUCCAACAUAGUCCCAAGGAGAUUAGAAACUCCUGUUUCCAUUUUUUAACUGCCAUUCAGUGUUAUGUCUGAACCCUAAACUGUGGCUAAUUUUAACUAUGGUUUGUGAAAACAAGCCAUAUUCUUGAACUGUGGUUUGAAGUUUACUCGUUCCCACUAAUCAUUACAGUGGUACCUCGGUUUACGAGCAGUCCUGUUUACGAACUAUUCCGGUUUGCGAACUUUACCUUGGUCUACAAAUGGACGCCAAACUGUGGAAGGGCACUGGCGGCGGGAGGUCUCGUUAGGGAAAGCGCACUUUGGUUUAAGAAUGGACUUCAGGAAUGGAUUAAGUUCAUAAACCGAGGUACCACUGUAUUAUUAUAAACACAUGGGUUUAGCCAGAAGUUUGAGAAGCAGUCCUCAGAAUGUAGCUAAAAUAUGGCACAAGACAAAACAGCAAGCUGUGAUUAAUCUAAAACAAGAGGGAAAGCCUCUGAAGUUGUCCUCGUAGCUUCACUAGAACGAGGACCAUGCAGAUCUGGGGAAAACAAGGCACAUUCUCAUAAACUAUGGUUUAUGGUUGCAUCUGGACCAGCUCUAUGUUUCUCCUUUGGACACAAGUAUGAUAAUAAGGGAGAUACAGUGGUACCUCGGGUUAAGUACUUAAUUCGUUCCGGAGGUCUGUUCUUAACCUGAAACUGUUCUUAACCUGAAGCAGCACUUUAGCUAAUGGGGCCUCCUGCUGCUGCCGCGCUGCCGGAGCACGAUUUCUGUUCUCAUCCUGAAGCAAAGUUCUUAACCUCCAGCAAUAUUUCUGGGUUAGCGGAGUAUGUAACGUGAAGCAUAGGUAACCCAAGGUACCACUGUACUAACAUUUUGGCUAAGAGGCCAGUUACAAUUUGGGAUUUUUGUCUUGUCAUUUCAGCACAGGCUGUAAGUGAACUGUCUCACGUUAAGAAAACCUCACAGAGUAGCUUACAGAAGUAUCUGGUUCAUGCAGCUUUUCUCUUUUUUUGGAUGGCCCAUUUACAUGAUGAGCAAAAGAGGCUGUCUUCUUUGUUUUUUGGUGUAGAGAGCACUUUUUCCCCUUUCUAACUUCUCUCCACUUCCCACACAUUAUGCUUCUGCUGAUGGUAAUAUGUAGGUUUCCUUUAUUCUUAACUAGAACUUUUUUGUGGUGACCAAAUUAAAGAAAUCCACACUGAAAAUUUAUUCUUGUACCAAUAUAGGUUGCUAAUAACAUAACUGAAAUAGUGAGUAUCAUUGGUACAGUUAAUCAACUUGCUGCUUCUGGCUUCAUUUUUAUAUGUGUUUUUCCAAGUUCAGAUGUUGCUAACGGGUUAUAAUGAUUAAAUGGAAGUGCAACCCCACUUUAAGUAGGGCUCAGUUUUUUACAGCAAGGUUGGUUGUUCCAUGAAGGUGGUGCGUAUGAAUGGGAGAGAGUGGCUUACUCGUGUGCAGUAUUAAAAAACUUAAAAACUGUGUAUCUAUUAAAGUUGCUAAUAUGGAUGUUCGCUUAAAUAGUUGGCUUUCAAAGUUAGUAUGUCACUUCCUUCUCUCUUCUUACUUAUGUCUCAGUAUUCCACCAGUAUUUUAACCAAGUAAAUAACCAACCCUACUUCUAAGAUUGUGCCUUAACAUGAAACUGGCUUCUAAACUUGGAUUAGUAGUGGCCUGGAAUAUUAGUACACAAUGUACUAAUAAUACAUUUUUCAUCAGUAUUAACUAGAACUCAUGACCUAGGCAUAUUUGUUGACAUCUGUUUCAAACAAGAGCAGGUUCUGUGGUCUUAAUGCUUAUCGCUGAAGCUAGUUCUGGUAUUUCACCAUUUCCUGGGUUGAAAUCUUAGUCAUGUUUCUUCAUUUUAGAAAGUUGUUCUUUAUUUCACAUAUGUGCUUUUCUAUUUAUGUAUUCAGAACAUAAUACAGAAAGCCAUAUGUUUUGGGUUUUCAGAAACGUGGACUUCUGAGGACUUGCUACUACUGAUUUUGCACUUUUGGUAAAAGGCUGCCUCUGAAAUGUGAAAAGUAUAACUCACAUUUUCUUUCUGUUUGGUAAAAAAAUGUAUCUGUUGUAGGUCCCCAUGUUUGUUUAGCACUUCUAAUAUAUAGCUCCAUUCUUUACUUAUAAGUAACUUUUAUUAAUAAACAUAGAACAUCUGAAAGUGAACAAUGAACAUUUCAGCAUGUUCCCAUUUUUAAAAAUUAAAAAAAAACCUUUUUUUAAAAAAGCAUUGUUCUCUGAAAGGUGCAAUGCAACAGAAAAUACGGGCGAUUAUGAGAGAAAAUAGAUUGUGUGUGCAUUACCCCUUGUGCUCCUAUAGGCUCCUUAAAAAGCCACUGCAACAACACUGAUUCAGUGGUGCUAUAGGGCUGGUAUCACUUCCAAAGCCAUUGUGGCUCAAAGCUUUGAAUGCCGCUCUUCUCCUUGCUCUUAAACUUCUUUGCAUUGGUUUUUGUACCAUGUAGACCAAUGUAGUGCCUUCCAGAUGUUGUUGGACUCCCAGCUUGAUCCUGUCCAUUGGCUAUGCUGACUGGGUUGAUGGCAUUUGGAGUCUAAUAACAUCUGGAGGGCAUUGCAUUGGCUACCCUUGAUAUCGGGGCUUUCCCUCAGUAUGGGUAGAAGAGUGCUAUUUGCGCUGUUAAAGAAUUAUGAUGACUGAUAAGGCUGAUUGAACACUGUCUCCUACAUCUGACAAUGAGUUUUAAAAUAUAUGUAUGAAAGCCGCCUCUGAUAUUUGCAUAGCAUAACUGAAAUUUUAUUUCCUUUGCCACAGGCAGCUAAGGAAGUUAGAUGAAGAUAGUCUGACAAAACAACCCGAAGAAGUAUUUGAUGUGCUAGAAAAACUUGGAGAAGGGUAAGUGCAGGUAACAAAAAGUGCAGGUAAUGCGCUGAGACAUGCAGGUGCUGGUUCUUAUGUGUGCCACAAGCUUCAAAACAGCUUGUUGUUCAUUGUACUGCUUAUACAAAUAAAAAAGUGACAGUGUUCUAUAGGUAGCUUAUUCAGCGGUUACUAUGUGUAAUGUUUAUUAAUUUUAAAAUUGGGAUUAAAAAGCCCACCUGUCUCUUGCCAGAAUGCUUUAUACAUUGUAUAUUCACCUGCAUCAUGUAAAUCCUGCAAGUGAUUGCCAUCACAACUCUUGAUUGUUGAACAACUUAGCAAGGCUGGUACCAUAUUAAUCUUUAUGCAAGUUUUUCAUGCAGUGUUGAGUGCUUGAGUGUGGCGGGCACUUUAGCAUACGAUUUAAUGUCUUUCCUUUCUGUAUCACCUCUUACGGUGUUCAAAGCCUGUUUUUCUUGUUACAGGUCCUAUGGCAGCGUUUUCAAAGCUAUCCAUAAAGAAACGGGCCAGGUUGUUGCAAUUAAGCAAGUUCCUGUUGAAUCUGACUUGCAGGAGAUCAUUAAAGAGAUAUCCAUAAUGCAACAAUGUGAUAGGUAAGUGCACCUGGUCCGUAUUUUCACUCACCGGUGGUGAGAGCCCCUCCCAUCUAUCAUGAGUGCCCCCAAACUUCCAGCAAAAGCAGCAUGCAGGAAAUACAUUUUACAUGGUAGAGUGAGAAAAGAGGAGUGCAGUGCAGCCUUAAUGUGGUUUAAAUAAAUCUAUCAAAAGCUUUACUUGGAAAGUUUUUCUAUUGAAAUACUUGCAUUUUUAAGACAUGACAGCUCAAGAGCAGAUGCCUCUUGCAUUAAAUUUAAAACUAAUGGCCCUGAAAACUAUUAUCAUACUGAUUCUUUGCUAUUGAAAAGUUCCACCCUCACGUCAAUGCCUCUAGGGUCAUUUUUAAGGAUUACUGAGAAUAUAUGGAGCGUGCUUUUGAAAUGUGCCAUAUGACUAUAAAGUAGUAUGUGCUAUAUAGAAAGUAAUGCGAAUAUAAUUGAUAAAAUGUGCUGCAUAUUAAGUAAAAUGUCACUCCACUAUAAGAGACAUAUGGUUCUGAAAACCAGUUGCUGGGAAUCACAAGUGGGAAGAUUGCUUUUUCACUCAGUUUCUGCUUGUGAGCUUCUCAUACGUAUCUGGUUGGUUGCUGUGAGAAUAGGAUGCUGGACUAGAUGGGCCAGUGGCUUGAUGCCAUAGGGAUUUCCUUACAUUUCAUGCUGGUACAGUAGAACAUUGCAGAGUUUGGCUGUUACCCUAACUAAUGGCUGUUACCAUUAUUAUGGUAACAUCUCUCAUAUAAUCCUUAGCUCUGGCAAUGUUGGCUACUGCUUCAAAGGAUAUAGCUCUUCUUGCAUGGUUUUAUUUCCUUUUUAGUAGAGUAUUGCCCAGCCACUGCAGACCAAAUAAAUCAAGCUCUUUCACUCUAUCCAGUGAAAUAUCACUAUGCACACUUCCGGCAGACGAAUGAAAUAGCAGAGCUAUGGAAGGGGAUUUCCUUUUUCCAAGUUUGUGCUUUUAAUAGGACCCCACAAUAUUGUACUAAGUCUGAUUUUCAUUUUUGUAAAUGCAAAAUGUGUACUUCAGUGACACAUCUUAAUUUUUAUUAGUCCUCAUGUAGUCAAAUACUAUGGCAGCUAUUUUAAGAACACGGACCUCUGGAUUGUCAUGGAAUAUUGCGGUGCCGGAUCUGUGUCUGAUAUUAUUCGACUGCGAAAUAAAACGGUAGGUGUUCCUUCAGCAUCUUCAUAAAUGUGUGAUGUUCUGCAGACAAAAGCAUCAAGUGCUAAUAGGGCAUUUUAAUGUCUAGUGUUGAACUUGGCAUUUUUUCUGUUAUACUUUUGGUGUCUAUUCAGGAUGUUCCUCUUUUAGCAAGCUUUCUAAGUAGAGGUUUUUUUAUCUCAGCUGGUAUCUGUUGGAUUUGAAUUGAUUUUAUAUAUGGUGAUGGUUGGUGUGUGUGUGUGUGUGUGUGUGUGUGCGCAAAUGAUUUAGCUGUUUUUAUAUACACAUUUGUCUUGUGUAUAGUUCUUGCUGUGUUGUAAAUCACUUCAGGAUGAGGUGCAUCAGGAAUGCUCUCGAUAAAGGAAAUGAAAUUAAGUAAAUAGCAUUGUGUUUAAAUCCUUUUGGUAAUUAGCUUGAUGUUUUCUUUGACUGACAUAAGAUGUUAAAGUACAUAGUGUAUUCCUUCUCAUUGUUGCUAUUGAGAUGGUAACAGUAGCCUGAGUCCAUAGCCUCUCUACUGCCUCUUUCAUGCCCCCAGGGUGUAUACACCUUCUCAAGAAAGCAUUGCAUUUGCAGUUUUAUUUGGCUGUUUGUAUGCAUGGUGGCUCUUGAUUGUAUUAGGAGGCAGCAGGAUAUGUCAGUUCUUAGUUACGGUACUUUAGAGCAGGAAAGAGGAACCUGUGACCCUCCAGAUGUUGUCAGACUCUCAACUCCCACUUUCUCACUGUCCAUUUUGUGUAGCAAACAAUAAUUUAGGGUGAUGGAGUUUUGAUGGAAUCAUCAUAGUGUACAGGGAAACUGGGAGCCAAUUUGACAAGGAAAGGGACAAGUUUUAGAUACCAGUUCUCAUAUUGAGUCCCAAUUAUUCUGCAUAAAUAAUAGUAGUAAGAUGGAUGGGACAUUUGUAUAUUUAUAAUGGACACUGGCAGUCUCUCUUAGCAACAGUUAGUUGCUGGUAUCGGUUAAUGUAGUUAAUUUCUUCCUUCAGUUGAUGGAAGAUGAAAUCGCUACAAUAAUACAAUCAACACUCAAAGGGCUGGAAUACCUCCAUUUCAUGAGGAAAAUACACCGUGACAUCAAAGCUGGCAAUAUACUACUCAAUACAGAAGGGCAUGCUAAACUUGCGGAUUUUGGGGUAGCAGGCCAACUCACAGUGAGUAAAUAUUGUCUAUAUACAUUUUUCUGCUUGUGUUUCAUUCAGUAUUUCGUUUCCUGGAGCUGGUGCACAUUAGCUGGCAGCCCCCCCACCCCAUACGCCUUGGGAGGAGUAGGCAGAGCUACUACUUUAAUGGUCUGUUUUGAAGCUGCUGCUACUAUUGUUUACACAGAUGCUGUGACUUAUUCAGCCCUCACAAGAUGCUGGUCCUUCUUCAGUCUGCAUGUUUUGCUCUGUGAUCCUGAGGGACUUGCAUGGGGGCCAUCAGCUAAUAUGGUGUAGCCAUGGUGAAACUUUCAUUCUGUAAUGUAGAAAUAACGUCUAUUUCAUGAAACAUAAUCGGUUUCUGUUGGCUUAACUAUGUUGGGGAUUAGAUUUCAUUUGAUUGUUACUGUUCUAACACAUUUUAGAUACGGAGAGCAUGUGCUCUGGAUAACCUCUCGGACAGUUGUUUCCAAUCUGAUGCCCGCCAGAUAUUGUGGACUACAAACUCCCCUCAGCCUUAGCCAACACAGACUGAUGGGAGUUGUUAUACAAAAGGUCUGAAGGGCAUCAGAUUAGUAAAGGCUAAGUUUGUUUGUUUUUUAAUUGCUGCACUUCAUUUUAUGACUGGGUUCCCUUUCUUUUGUUAGGACACCAUGGCAAAAAGGAACACUGUGAUAGGAACUCCUUUUUGGAUGGCACCUGAAGUGAUUCAAGAAAUCGGAUACAAUUGUCUAGCAGACAUCUGGUCUUUGGGCAUUACUGCCAUUGAAAUGGCGGAAGGAAAACCACCCUAUGCCGAUAUUCACCCGAUGAGGGUAAGUGUUGGGUAACCAGACUUAACUGUGCAAUCUCAACCAUGUCUACCCACAAGUCCUGUUUUAAUUCAAUGGACAUGUGAGAAUCCAGAUUCUUAAAUACGCCAUUGCAUGAUCUUAUGGGUGCCCUGUCAUGUGUUGAGGGAGUGGGGCAGCAGGGUUGCACAUUGCUGCUUUUGCGUUCAACAGGUCUUGUGAGGGGCCUUACAUGGAGGGUGUGAACAUCAGUGGGGAAGGGCCUAGCCCAUGUGGCCCUGUAACCAUGUCACACAUUAUUUUAAUGUGUAGAGAAGGUUGUCUCAACACAUCAAUUGUUUGACCUUGCAGCACCAAACUAGCCUGUUCUCUUAACAUCAGUUUCACAAUGGGUGAAGGGAAACACUCCAAAGGAAAGGAUAGUAUAGUGAUCUUGUAUCAACAGAUUGCCUAAGCAGAUGCCAGCUUGCACAAACCUGUCUUUCCUUCAAAUCCCCCCCUCCCCGAAAAAGCCUCUCCUUGGAGUCUGGGAGGAACUUCUGAACAUUGCAGGUUUUGUCAUACAGGAGCCUGCAGUUGGGGGGUGAGGGGGUUGCCUGAAAUUGGAUGGAAGAACCUUGCAAGAGUGGAGCUCCACCAAUGCAAGAUCUUCUGCUUGAUUUCAGCUGAUCCCUCCUUCCCACUGCAGCUCUAUACAACAGUGUUCAGUAAGCUUCACAUAGAGACACUCACACACACUUCAUGCCUUCUGAGACAGCAUGGGUACAUUGAUCUUUUAUACACUGGGAUUGCUGGAGAAUGGAGGCUUUUAACUGCCCCCCAUCCCAAUACAACCAAAGUCACUAAGCUGAUAAGUCUUUUCCUUGCCACCCAGCUGACGGCUAAUCGGCUGAGCAGUUGAGGAAAGUGGGCAGGGCUUCCUGGGGUUUUGGGGACUGCAAGGAAAGCUGCCAAAGGUUGUAUGUAGUCCGGUUGUUCCAUGAGAACAGCAGCAUUUUGAUUCUGAACCCAGCUUAUGCAGAGUACAGUUUGAAUACAAUUGCAGUUAGCAGGCUUGAAAGAUAUACUCUUAUCCUCUGAAUAUGAAAAGCAGCGCAUAAGAAACAGUACAAUGUAUUGGUGGCUGCCACCAAUUCCACUGGUGGAAUUAUGGUGGAGAAUUAUGAUGGAGGUGGGUACUUCUCAGGGUUCCAGUUAGUGGCUUGGGGUCAUCAUUAGCCAUCCCCUGUGCAACGCUGUCAAGAACUUUGGUCCACCCUUGCAAAAUCUUUCUCAGUGUGGUCAUUGUUUGAUUUAUACUUAAAAAAAAUAUAUAAGGUCAACAGCAGGUAGAAAAAAUAGAUACUUUGUUUGCAGGCAAUUUUCAUGAUUCCAACAAAUCCACCUCCAACAUUCCGGAAGCCGGAACUCUGGUCAGACGAAUUCACAGACUUUGUAAAGCAGUGUCUUGUGAAGUGUCCAGAAAAAAGAGCCACUGCCACGCAGCUGCUUCAGGUCAGUAUCUGUUGGAAUGUAAAGCAAUAAAUAAAAUUAUUUGUCUGUUGGGGAAAUAGACAGGCAGUUUUCCUGUCUGUCCCCGGUCUCCCCUCCAUUGUAGCAGUUUUGUUGCUGAUCAUCUUGUGCUUCUAAGUUUUAGAUAGUAGAGUUGGAUUGUAGUGCUUAAAAAAUAAAGUAUGUUGCUGCCUGGUGGGGGUUAUCAGUAGGCAAAGUGAACACUGAUCCAGGAAUGCUUUGGGUAUAGGAUACUGUUUCUUGGGCAGGGGAUUGGAUUAUAUUUGAUUCCUUAUACCUCUGUGCUUGGUGAUUGUGCAGCUGCUUUGUAAAUAUCAGGUCCUAUGCAUAUUUACUCAGAAGCAACUCAGUUCAUUGAGGCUUGCUCCCAAAUUAACAUUCAGGAAAUUCCUAUUUCCAUAGUCAGGGGAGGCUUUGUGGAAUCUUCUAUAUCGUAGCUGUCUGAACAAAAUGUACUGUUGCUGAUAAAAAAUGUGUAUAGAUCAGAACUAACAUGCAUACUUUCAUAUUCAUAUUAAUUACUACUUUCCACCCAUUUUGCAAAAUUAGGCAGAUCAUUUGGCAUUAACAGUCCUUUUUGUGUCCUAAGCUAUUGAAGUGUUUACACAUAACAUAGUAGAAAUGCAUUUGCCUUGUAGAUUGCAUUGUUUGGGUAGGGCUGCCAUGCUUGAAUAAACUUGCAUUACAAAAUCAACAGAAUUAAAAGGAUUAACAUAGCUCGGGGUUAAGAUCUUUUGUUGCUACAUGUUGUUCAAAGUUCAUCGUUCUUAAUGUGUCUUCUUUAGCAUCCAUUUGUAAAAAAUGCCAAAGGAGUUUUCAUCCUACGAGACCUGAUUAAUGAAGCAAUGGAUAUUAAACUGAAAAUUCAGGAAGCUCAACAGCGUGAGAUGUAUCAUGAUGAUGAAGAAAAUUCAGUGAGUGCUAAAACUACUUAACCAUUGUCCUUCCUGUAGUAGCAUUGCUCUGUACCCCUCUAUUAGCUGUGUUGGCAGUUCAUAAUUUCUGUGUCAGUUUUUUAAAGUCUGCUUUCUGAAAAAAUUACGCCCAAGUCCCUCAGUAGGUCAGUGGCCUUGGAACUAACCGCAGCUGGUGAAAUAUAGUGAGCAAGCAAGUCGACUUGAAAUCUUCUUGCUUAAAUGGAAAGGAAAGGCUCUACAUCAAUAGCAGAGUACAUGUCGUGCAUGCAGAAGGGUCCCAGGUUCAAUACCUGUUAUGUUCAAGUGUAGCAGAGUUGGGGCUCAACUUUGGCAGGUGGGCAGGGUCAGGUCUGUCAUCUGAUGUCAGAGAGGUCAGGUGAUUGACAGGUUGGUUGCCUCUCCUGCCUGUCAGAGUUCAGCUGCACGAUCAGCUGAUCCAGUCACAACUUUACCAACCCCAUACCUGACAUCACACAUGACGGUUGGAGUGGGGCAGGUGGGUGUGGUUUGGGGGAAAUUGCCUCAUGGGCCAAAUGGGGGAAACCUUCUGGGUCACAUUUUGUAUGUGGGACAUUUUCUAUCCUUGAAAUAUAUGGAUCCUGGAUGGCAGGGCUGGGAAAGCCCUUCUGCCUAAGACUGUGGAGAGCUACAGAAAUGACCUUAAAUUGCCCAAGUGGGUCAGAGUUGGGACCAGAUGUGACUAGAGAAAUAAACAGCUUUUUCAAACAGAUAUCAGAAUGCAUCAGCAGAAGAUCAGUGAAAUUAUUUUCCAAAUAAGCCACCCUUUACCUGGUGGAUUCCAGAUACUUUGGGAUAUAGCUCUAUAAAAAUGCAUAAACUGGAAAUGCAUGUUCUGCAAAAGCAGAGGAGAGACCUUCUGAAUUUCUCUCUUGGCUAUGGAGGAGGAAGAGAGGAAAGUGAGGAACAAGCAGCUUGCUGUAGCUUAUUUGGGCUUGUUCACUUCACAUUAGACUAUUUUUUUAUUAUGGAAGUAGUUUAUGUAUCCCCUUUCGGCGCCUCUAAGGUGGUUCGCAACAAUAAAAUGCAAUCUUCUUGCAAUAUAGAAAAAACAGCAAGACUCUAAAAACAAAGGAAGUAGAAAACAGCCAACAAGGCUGUUAUAUACAGCUAAAAGUGUAGUGAAAUACACUUAGUGAAAUACACUAAGUGUAGUGUAGUGAAAUAGGCCUCAAAUUAUGUGGGGGCUACAUUCUGGGGAUUGCGCCUAAAGCCAAAAUCACUUGUAGUCAAAACACAUUGGGUUCAAUGCUGGGUUGGAUUGCCAAAGUCUUUUUUCCUGGAUGUUUGGGAGCCACUGUUCUAGAUGAUACGUGUUGGCAAAUUAAAAACAUGCAUCUGUUUAGAAUCCCCGACGUCAAAGUUAAGAGGCAGUUUUGAACAAAAAGAAGUGUAAUAUUUUGCAUAAUUAUUAUUAACACUUCGACCCUGUCCUUCCUCCAAGGAACCUGACACAGCAUACAAGCCCACUUUGUGGAAGGAUUGCAUAAGUUCAGGACUUCAUCAAGUAAUUUCACAGUUUUGUGUGGUGCUUCCUCUGCCAAAAUGCUAUCUGCUAUCAUAAUCAGUAUUUUGAAGGAAAAUUUAAAAUAUUGGUUACAGGAAAGUGGAAUCUCAGCAUUACGAUCUGUUGCUAAAUUAUGUAACAUUUGUUCGCACUAAUAAUUUUACUUCAACUUCUAAAAUUUCUGCAGUUAACUUUUUUUUGCAAAGCUUUUUAACAUUCCUCUGUUGUUGCUGGUAAUGUAUAACUUGAUUAAAUAGCAGAUUUCGAUCUUCAAAGCUGUCUGUCCAAUAUUUGCUGUCCAUUGAAAAGAAACUGUUACUAACUGAUAACGAACUAGAAUCAGAUAUGUAAACUAACAUUACACACUCCUUUCAAUUCUAAUUGCAUUGUCUUGGAGAAAUACUGAUACCUUGCUUAGUCUGAUUCAAAUUUUUAUCUCUUGCAUCUCUAUUCAGGAAGAAGAUGAAACUGACGCUAGGACCAUGGUGCGGGCACAGGGACAAGAGACUGGUACAAUCAGAGCUGCUUGUGGAAUGAGUGAUGGUAUCAAUACCAUGAUAGAAUACAAUGACACGUUAGAGUCACAACUGGGAACAAUGGUCAUAAAUGCUGAAGAUGAAGAAGAUGAGGGUACAAUGAAGAGUAAGUGCAUUUUUCAUUAUAAUAAAGUGCAGUCUUUUAAGCUUUAAAGCAAUGUGAUACCCUUCUCAUGCCAGCAGUGACAGGGAACAAAUUUUUGAAUGGGUGUUUUGGAGAAUUUUUCUCAGUUUGGAAACCUUUAGCUGAGUUCAGGCUCUUUACAUUUAGAUUUUACUCACAUUGGGGGUUGUUGUUGGCACACACACUCUUCCUCCAGAACGUACAAGGCAGUGGCAAAGUGUGGGGCGUUCUCUGGAACAUGGCACCAUCCAAGGUUUCAAGAAGUUCCCUCAGGUACAGUUGGGGAAGGGAGUUGGUAAGAGGAGUGUUCAGACCCUAUUGUUCUCCCGAUGACAUCAUUGGGAGCAUCAUAGGGUUUCUGAGCUGAUGUUAAUGAGAAAUGGAAUGUAAAUAGAAUGUAGGUGAAGGACUGAGCAGAGAAACCAUAAACAUUCUUGUGGAAUGACAUAGGUCCAGGUGCUUAUCACAAAGUGCUUGUCGCAAGAAACUAGUGGAAGGAGGGAGAGGGAAGGCUGAAAACCUUGAAGUCAUGACAUGUGCUUAAGCAGCAGAAGUCAGAAGCUUUCCCAAAUAUGGAUGAGAUCAUGAUUUGUGUACUGGUAGAAAUAGGUGCCCGGUUCAAAUGUUGGCACACCAUUUGCCCACUUCCAUGGUGGGGCCAUCCUGCUUGACUGACACUGGAGUCCGGAUUCUUUUUUUUUUUUUAAUAAUUUUUAUUAAAAUUUCAAUAAAAGUUAAACAGAAGAACAUAAAAGUAGAAAUACAAAAACACACAAUAUAUAGUCCAAAAAGAAAAAGAAAACACAGAAAACAAAAUACAAAACAAAAACUAAAAAGAAACAGAAUAAUUAAAAACAAUAUCACUUUUCCAUUUCCGUUUUUAAAUUUACUUAUUUUCUGGACUUCCUCAUACCUCCCUCUUUUGUAUUCCAGUCCAAAUUGUUUGUCCAGCAAUUUCUUUUCCACUUUUUUAAUCCCAAUCUUUAAUCUUGAUAUAAUAUAUAACACUUAAACUUCUUUAAUCCUAAUCUUUAAUCUUAUUAUAAUAUAACAUUAAAUUUUUACCUCUUAAGUACCAAAUUUCCAUUUCCUUAAACAUCUUUAAUCCUAAUCUUUAAUCUUAGUCUAUCAAUAACUUUAACCUGUACAGCUGGAAGCCACUUAUUUUUGGAGUCCGGAUUCUUGACUGGUUGCCUAGGCUACCCUAGGCAUGGGGGAAUUUAACCCCAGUAUUUCCUAGAGACUAAUUUUCUUGGAAACCAUUUCCUAAUUCUUGGGGAAACUGCUUGGCAAACUCUUCUCAGAGUUGAAAAGCGGGGAGCUUGCCCAUUACAUUUGCCACAGGGGGAAAAAUGUUCUAUUGAAACUAAGGGGACUUUGCAAAGCCAUUUGUGACGUGGCGUUAGAGGAGAAAGUGACGUGUCCAAGCCCUUGGGUUGCCUAGCCAUGUCUUAAGUCUCAGAUGACAAAUAUUCUUCCAUGCAGGAUAAAAAGCUUAAAUUGUGAUCCACUGUUCUGGUGCAUUGUGAGUGGCAGGAGGCUGGACAGGAUGGUAAAGAGAAAAUGAACUUUGUUCAGCUAUGUACUAAGAAGAAGCCUCUUCCUGUAAAUGGAAAAGGGAAGUGAUUUGCAUUAAUAGAAUCAGUCGCAUGAAACGAUGCAAGAACACGAAUUGCUUAGGAUAUAAUGUCUAUGUGGCCUAGCUAAUCUUGAGUCAGCAAGUGCCUGGUGUUUGAUGGAAUUCAGAGGAUUGUCCUCUUGCCCCCUGUGCAGCUGGCCGGAAUGAUUGUUGAAUCUAUAUGGGCCAUACAGGCGUUUGUGAUUAUGAUAUGCCAGUUGGUUGCAUGUUAGAGUAAUAACGAGAAUGCAGGCAGCUGCUGUUCUGACAUACUGUUGGUUUUCCUAGAUUGCAUUCACUCAUAUACUUGAAUUACUAGUAAUUGCUACUUUGGCAUGGCAUCCUUAUAAUCAAGGAUUGUUCUUUCAAUCAAAAACGAGUUUGACUUGUUUGUAACAUAAAGCAAGCUAGCUGUGAUACCUGCUUACUAUGAUGUGACCAGUGAAAACUGACCUCUAUGAAUCUAAGAAAAUAAUGUUUAAAAAAUGUAUUUUUCAUUUGUGUUCUUUGAAUUUGGGCUGAGUCUGCUUCAUUGUUAGGCUGUGAUAUUACAGCAUGGUCUACAUCCAGGUGUAGGUUAUAGAAAAUGAAAGUUCAGCUGUCUAUUUUUGUCUCAUUGUGGUUCUUCAUUCUACUGAAAAAUGCUCCUUUCCACCACUGGAGGGAGCAUAACAUGAGAAAUGAAACUUUCAUAGAAUUGUACAGUUGGAAGGGACCACGAGGUUAUUUAACUGAACAGUGUUUUGCAAAAACCAUUUUAUUGAGUACAUGCAGUAUACAUUGCAGUGUGUCUCUACCUUCUGUGGUAGUCAGGUCCUGGAAGUAGAAAGCAGAUGUUUCCAUUUAGCUGUAGUCUCUAAAACCUAUGUUAAAGCACACAAAUAAGUGCAGUUAUGCUGGGGCUGUGGAGCAAAGCGGAGCAGUUGAUAUCACCAACUUCUGUUUCUUAAAUAGCUUUAUACUAACAAUAUUAAUAAACUAAGCAUGCUGUUUUAUAGCCUAUACUUAAGCUUAGACCACACAUGAGGUGCUAGAAUGCUCUUCGCUACUUCAGGCUUCAAAUGGUGGGUACUGUGUUUUUAAUGUUCCCCCUUCACAAAUGCCCAGCAAAAUUAAGCAAGCAAGCAACCCCCCACCCGCACCCCCAAAAAAGCAGAUAAGAAAGGUUCUAGCCUACCUACUUGCAGGAUUUAUUUUUAAGCAUAAAGGUACAUUGGUGCCCCGCAAGACGAAUGCCUCGCAAGACGAAAAACUCGCUAGACGAAGGGUUUUGCGUUUUUUGAGUCGUUCCGCAAGACGAAUUUCCCUAUGGGCUUGCUUCGCAAGACGAAACGUCUUGCGAGUUUGUUUCCUUUUUCUUAAAGCCGCUAAGCCGUUAAUAGCCGCUAAGCCGUUAAUAGCCGCUAAUAGCCGCUAAGCCGCUAAUAGCCGUGCUUCGCAAGACGAAAAAACCGCAAGACGAAGAGACUUGCGGAACAGAUUAAUUUCGUCUUGCGAGGCACCACUGUACAUUUAAAAUGUAUUUCCCUUUCCCCACUUGCCAUUAGUCCAUUCUACUACUUUGUGAUCCGAUCAUUUCUUUCCCACAGUCUUAUUUUAUAUAAUGUUUGCCAAAAGCAAACAUUCUCAGAAACACCCCACCCCACCCUCGCACUACAUAUAUGAGUCUGGUGACUUCUGUUUCAGUGUACAGGCGGCGCAACGGCAGCAGGAGGCCGCAUUAGCUAAAGUGGUGCUUCAGGUUAAGAACAGUUUCAGGUUAAGAACAGACCUCCAGAAUGAAUUAAGUUCUUAACCCGAGGUACCACUGUAUCUGAAGAAGUGUGCAUGCACACGAAAGCUUAUACCUAGAACAAACUUAGUUGGUCUCUAAAGUGCUACAGGACUAUUUUUUAAUUUUUUAUUUUGACUGCGUCAGACCAACACCUACCUGAAUCUGAACAUUUAAAGUACAUACUACAGAGCAAAGGGGGCAGUUAAGUGUUGUGGGGAGGCUCAGAGGAUUCAUGGGUGCCAGGGGAAGCCUCAGGGACACCCAUUACAUCCAUGAAUGCCAUUUUGGUGACCCUAGACAUAUAGGAUGUCUAUCCUAUCUCACUUCUAAAUGCUGCAGGUAGGUUGGUGUGGGGUUUAGUAUGGAGAUUAAAAUGCUGCCUCUUAGUCUGAUUUGCUGUUUUAAGCUGCAUGUGAGCCAAUUGUAUUGGGUUGUGAAUUUUACUGCAGCAGUUUUAAGUUUGUGUUUAAAUACCUGAGAUUGAAAACUUUGCAAAAAGAAAAAUAACCUGUGAAGAAAUGUUCUUGAUGGAACAUAUUGCUAAAGUCCAUGACAUUGACAACAUUUAACCAAAAGAGGGUGCUCUUUCACAGCUUUUAAUGGAAAACUUGAGUUGUGAAAGGGUAGAGUGUUCUUCUUCCACCUGAAGACUUGUUUUCUCCCUUAGCAAUGUUGAUAAGGAACAUUAAAAACAGAUAUUAAAGACACUGAGGUCCAGCGCCGAGGGUCUUCUGGUGGUUCCCUAAUUGCGAGAAGCGAAGUUGCAGGGAACUAGGCAGAGGGCCUUCUCGAUAGUGGCGCCUGCCCUGUGGAACACCCUCCCAUCAGAUGUCAAAGAAAUAAACAACUAACUAACUUUUAGAAGACAUCUGUUUAGGGAAGUUUUUAAUAUUUGAUGAAUUACUGUUUUUUAAUCUUUCGUUGGAAGCCAGCCAGUGGCUGGGGAAACCCAGCCAGAUGGGCAGGGUAUAAAUAUAAUAUAUUAUUAUUAUUAUUAUUAUUAUUAUUAUUAUUACUAUAGUAGAGUACAGUAUCUUCUCAUGAGGGCCACUUCACACAUCUGAGAGUGCCCAUAAAAUAUGUGUGAAUUGGACUCCUCUGGAAAUGGGUGUAUCCUACAGCCACCCAUCAGGUAACUUCUUCUGUGGGUUCCUGUUGAGCACCCACUUGUUGGCUAACCUGGAUUAGCUGUCAUGUAGUGUGUGGAUUGGCUCUAAGAAAUUCAACAGGCAGGUAAUUCACCAGGCAGGUAAAUGUUCACUAUACAGUCACUGUACAUGGGUUCACCUAGCUAGCCUAUAUGAAAUGAUGUUGCCGCUUGAUAUUUUGUAGUCUGCCUCCUGUCGCUUUAAAACAACACCAAGUGGAGAUGUUACAAGUCAUUGUCCAGCUUUACCAAACAUGCAGAAACAAAAACGUUGCCAUGCAGGUAGAUCUUGUUCAGGGUUCUGGCUAGUGCGCCAGAGGUGCUAUCUUCUAGGAUAGGCAAUCCGCCCUUGGGUCAGGCAGUCAGUCUUCCAUGCCUCUUUAGGGUUUCUUUCUUAAGUUUUCUUGUAUAGGCAACCCCUGUUUUAGGCACGAUGGAUAUGUGCACAAUCGCUCACACGCUCACAGUGCCGAACCCAGAAGUGACGUCAGCUCUGUUUUUUCAGGACUCAUGCAAGGCCCAUCAAAGCCAACCAGAAGUGGUAAGAAUACCUGUGUCGCUAUGUCUGCUGUAAUACAGACAUUACAUUCUUCCUGGAUUCAGAGGCGCAGAGUGGAGCUGGCUCCAUUUACACAGGCUGUUAGAACUAUAAUGCAUACCUGUGCACACCUGAGUCUUUCUCAGUAUGUGAAAUGCUGGGAGAAUAAAAGCCUUGUGAGCUGUUACUACCCCAGCAAGGAGUAGUAGUAAGAAUGGGAGACACAGAGCCCACUCAUCGACCCACACAGAGUGCAGAGGGACCUAUAGGCUAGGGAGAUAUGGAACUGAGGGAGUAACAGAUGGGAGUUGUAGGGGCACCUGUGAUUAUGUGCAGAGAAGCAGAGAUGUUACUGCUCUGGUGUGCAAAGGGAAUGGUUUAACAAAGCAACUUAAAUAGGGCACUGUCCUCUCUGAGAAGCAAUGCUGUGAAUUCUUUAAGCUGGAAAUGCUUUGGGUGGAAACCUGAACCUCUUGUAUGUAAAGUGUGCUUUGCCACUGAGUUGGUUGUAGCCCUUUCCAUCACAACUGUUCCAACAAAACAGUCUGGUGAACGUUCCUUAUUAAAAUUGCUUUAUAACAGCUUUGGGCUUGUAUUCAAGCCUCGCACAGCUUGUUACCUUUGCCGUAUUAAUUUUUCUUGGUAUAAUUGUUUCUUGGCAAGGUGACCUGUGCCAUAUUCAGUCUGCGGAGUCUGUAUGUGCUAUGCCCCACUAAAUUGCUUCAAGUGCUCUGUUUUUCACCUUAUCACUCCUACAGUAAUGUUCCUUUCACAUUCAGUUAAAUUGAUUUAGCUGUAAAAAUUCAUCAGCCUUGUGUAACAGUCUUUUGGGGAAAUAGUUUUUAAUAAUCAGUAUAACUAAAUGGUAUUUUAAAUGCAAUGGAAUUGAGGUCAUUAAUAUCAUCAAAGUGGUUCGUAUUUCAUGACUGGCGUUAACAACUGUAGGAAGGAAUUGGCUGGAUCUUAACAAUAUUUUUUUAAAAAAAUAUAUUCAAGUACCAUAAAGCAGAAUUUUCUACAACAUUUUUUUCCCUUGGAAUGCUGUGUGAAACACUGGAGUGUAAGUUUUUGCAUUCUGCAUUCAAAAAUGAUUCCUCUGUGUCCUAUUGCUCCAGUUCAUACUUCAGUGUACUGUGGCAAGGAUUUUCCUGCAGCAACAUUGCAUCAUUUGUUGGCAUACUGUGGCAUCUGCUCACGGUAGGGAAUUCGGCAUGUCUGAUCUGUUGGGUAGUCAAGAGAUUGGAUUGGCCUUUUGUGUUCUGAUAAAAUGAUGCAGAAGCGCUCUUGGAAACCUUUUUAUUUCUGCCUGCAUGAAUAGGAGUAUCCUAGAGCUACAAUUCAGAAAGCCGAUAGCACCCCAUACCUGAAGGAGUGCCUCCUCCCAAAUCAGCCUGCCCGUUUUGUAAAAUCAUCUGCUGAGGCUUAUCUCUAUGUACUUUUUCCAUCAAAGUACGAACAGCCCCUAUAAGGGAGAGGUAAUUCUAGGCGGUUGCAUCUGUUUAUGAAAUGCCCUCUGCAGAAGCACCAACACUGCAAUCUGUUGGGUACCAAGCAAAAACAUAAUUUUUAUCAAUCAAUGGAUUUUAGUGUGCGGGAGGGGGCAGAGUUAAGAUCUAGGUUAUAUUGGCUUUUCGGACCUUUAUAGAUUACAUCAAAUGUCUACUUUAUCUUGUUCAGCAUCCUGUUCCCUACAGUGGCCAGCUGGAUCCAAUUGGGGCAUGAAGCCAGAAACCCCUGCCCCCCAAUCAUUGUUCCCCAGCAUCUGAUACCCAUUGGCACAUUACCUCUGAACACGGAGGAUCCCUGUAGCCAUUAUGUCUAUUGCUCAUAGAUAGCCCAUUUUUUUGUAAUUGUCUUUAAUCCCUUUCUAAUCUGGCAGCCAUCACCAAGACUUGGGGCACCUAAUGACUGCAGGGAAGUAAUUUUGUCUGUCUUGAAUCUGCUGCUAACCAAUUUCAUUGGGAUAACCCUAGGCUAUUGUAUUUGAGAGAGAGAGAGAGAGAGAGAGAGAGAGACUGACUGCUGCCAGUCAGUUCAGACAUUGUUGACCUAGAAUGGACCGGUGAUCUGAUUUGGUGUAGAGCAGCUUCCUGUGCUAUAUUUAGAAAAUAUUUUGGCAUAUUUUAGAUAGAUGUCUUUGUAAGCUCCCCCGAGCCUUCAAAAGAAUCUUGGAUACAAAUCUAGCUGUCUAAAUAUAAUACAUGUGCCACGUUCACCCACUUUUGUGAAAGUCUGUCUUCAGAAGAGUAGAAUGUAAUUCAGAACAAAUCUGUGUUAAUGUUUCUGUUUCAUUGUGAGGGUGUAAAAUAUGCUACAGAUUAAUUGUGCCUCAUUUUUAAAAGAUGAGAGCUGGCAAUCCAGUCUGGUUGCAUAUCAUAUUAUCAUUAUUAAGAAUGAACCAAAGAGAGAGCAUAAAGAACUACUGUUACAGCAUGUUGAAAGCAGCAUAGGAGUAGACAUUAUCACUGAACUUGUUCCGAAACAUUACCCAAAAUACAUAUUUUUCCAUAAACUAAGCCAGGCUGGUUUGUGUUUAUUCUUUUGUAAGAAGUUAGCUUAAUCAUACCUGUUGUUGCUGUUGUUUAGUCGUUUAGUCGUGUCUGACUCUUCGUGACCCCAUGGACCAGAGCACGCCAGGCACUUCUGUCUUCCACUGCCUCCCACAGUUUAGUCAAACUCAUGCUGGUAGCUUCGAGAACACUAUCCAACCAUCUCGUCCUCUGUCGUCCCCUUUUCCUUGUGCCCUCCAUCUUUCCCAACAUCAGGGUCUUUUCCAGGGAGUCUUCUCUUCUCAUGAGGUGGCCAAAGUAUUGGAGUCUCAGCUUCAGGAUCUGUCCUUCCAGUGAGCACUCAGGACUGAUUUCCUUCAGAAUGGAUAGGUUUGAUCUUCUUGCAGUCCAUAAGACUCUCAAGAGUCUCCUCCAGCCCCAUAAUUCAAAAGCAUCAAUUCUUUGGCGAUCAGCCUUCUUUAUGGUCCAGCUCUCACUUCCAUACAUCACUACUGGGAAAACCAUAGCUUUUACUAUAUGGACCUUUGUUGGCAAGGUGAUGUCUCUGCUUUUUAAGAUGCUGUCUAGGUUUGUCAUUGCUUUUCUGCCAAGAAGCAGGCGUCUUUUAAUUUUGUGGCUGCUGUCACCAUCUGCAGUGAUCAUGGAGCCCAAGAAAGUAAAACCUCUCACUGCCUCCAUUUCUUCCCCUUCUAAUCAUAGCUACUAUGGCCCAAAUUUUCUCAAUCUAUUCAGAUAUAGUAGGAGAUAUGCUCCACACACACACCCCAGCCCUUGUUAUGUGAAUAUACUGAUACUGGAUUCUUCAUCUUGUCCCCUGAACCUUGUAGAAACACUUUUGCCAUCCAGCAUCAAGGAUGUGUGUGAUUAUAGAUCAUACCCUUUUGCCUAGAAACCAUAUCUCUUAAUUAUGUUUAAGCUGGGGCUGGUUUUGUUUACUCAGUGUUGAAAGAAAGACACAUCCUAAGACAAGUGAGGAACCUGUGAAGCUGCAGACUUUGUUGAACCUCAGCUCCAGCCAACAUCUCCAAUAACCAUGGAUGACUGAAGUUGUAGUCCAGCAACAUUUGAAAGGUCAUAGGUUCCCCACACCUGCCUGUCAUUAUCCUAAGAGGAACUCCCCCACCCGGUUGGUCCAGGGGCUAAAAAUAAUUUCCAUGCUAAAUUCUGGACCUGAGGCUCUUUGCAGCAUUUCCUCCUGAACUAUUGACAUAGAAAUAAAUACUUCUGCAUUAGCAGUAGCCUUGAGCACCAUGAACUUUGAUUUCCAGAUAAGAUGGGUUUUGUUUGACAGACCAGUGGAUCUUUCACUUCCAAUUUCAUAAUUUCAGCUGUAGAUAAAUUUACUAUAUCUCUGUAAUGUGCCCUGUAUUCUCUCUGAAGAUAAAUCUAGGUGGGUGGGUUUUUAAUCUUUUGCUCCUGUAAUUUCUGAAACAACUUCGUCUGGAUUCAGCAGAACUUGUACACCCAGUGGCUCACAGAUAUAUUUUGAAGUCUCUCUGUGGGACCUAACCCUUUGCUUCUUUCUACCCUUUUCCCUAUCUGUACUUUCGCUCUACAUUUCAUUACAGAAGCUACCGAUGGGAGCCUGACUUAUUGAAUGACCACAAAUUUUAUUUGGAAACAGAUUGCUUUAACUAUCACUGGACUGCAUCUUUAGUAGUGGUAACAGAUUGCUAGUGAAUGUAAAACUAUGUAUGUGUUGUGAACUUGAUAUGAUCUUGGAAGCCUUAUGUUGGGUGUUUUGCUGCUGUUUUACCCAAAGUUUCAGUAGAAAACUUAACUGAAGCUAAAAUGCUUCAGUUCGGUAAACCUUUCACUGGUCAUUUUUCAUUUAGAGCAAUGGCUCUAUUUUCCCUGUAAAAUCAGAGAUCUGAAACGGAGCGUAAUUAAAUAUAGGAGCCUCAGAAGACAUCCGUUAAAUGUGUAGUUGGGUUACAGUCACAGACAAAGUAUUAUCGACCUGGUAUUUUAUAUAAGGGAGAGCUGAAGGUUGUUUGAUAGCAGAAGUCUUUGUUUGUCAUUGCAUUGGCCCUUAGUACUGUACAUCAUUAAACAAGGUAAGCCAUUUUAGAAAAUAGCCUCAUUUGAUGUUGGAGCUAAGACGAUUCACUUGGAAGAAUAUUCUUACCUAGAAAAAAGUUGCACCAUUUGAGAAUAAUUAGAGUAUAAAGCACUAUUGAUGUUAGGCAUUUGACUCAAGAAGAUGAGCAUUAAUCUGUCCAACCAUUCGGCACUUCAUUGCUGCUUCACUUCCAUUGAUGGAGAACAAAUAAUUGGGUAUAAAUGAGACUUUGCUGCCUUGUAGGGGCAUGCCUCCUUGUACUGAUUAUGUAAUGAUUUUGCUCUGUGCAAGGGAUAGCUUAUCUAUCAUCUUCUGUAAGCAUUGUACUGCAAGCAUCCUUCUUUAUUAGCACAGCCACAUCUACCAGCCAGGAGCAUAGGAAUCUUCCUCAUAGCAAAACAGACCAUUGGUUUCACCUUGUUCACUAGUGUCUUCACUUGACUAUUCAGACAGGGGACAUUCCCAGCCCUAUCUGAGAUACUGAGGAUUUAACCUGGGACAUUCUGCUUGCAAAGCAGGUGUUCUACCUCUGAAUUUAAGGCCCUUGGGAACUAGUUGUUAACUGCUUUUCAUCCUGUUCUAGUAAAGCAUCCCUUUAAAGCUUUUCGUUUGUCAUAUGCUUACAGUCUGGCUUAAUGAUAACUAACCCAUUAUGUUUCCAAAGGUUUCUCCUCUCCCACCUACUCCCUCAGAACAGAAGACAAAUGUGCCAAUUUCCCCCAUUAAUCUAUAUAUGUAAUUGGUGGCUGCCAGUCAUUUGAAUAUUUUAUAAAGGAGUGCCAUAUUUCAACAAAAACAUCCAUAUCGGAUACAUUGCUUAGUUUCUCAAAGAAAGCAAUUGUCCAUCCAUUCUGUUUCCAUUGUAUGAUGUUGAUUUUAGGAAGGCUUUUUUGUCUGUAUCUUGUUCCAAACUGCUUCUUCAAUUUCUGUUCUUAGCUCCUUUCCCCAAUUUUGUUUAAUAGUCAAGCAUUGUCUUGCAGCUGGCUUGCAUGUAAGCUGUGUAGUGCUUUAUAGACCAUAACCAGCACUUUAAAUUGUGCCCAGAAGCAAACCAGUACAGUGGUAUCUCGGUUUACGAACUUAAUCCACUCUGGAAGUCCGUUUUUAAACCAAAACCAUUCUUAAACCGAGGCGUGCUUUCCCUAAUGAGGCCUCCCGCUGCCGGUGCCCUUCCACCGUUUGGAUUCUGUUCUUAGACCGAGGUAAAGUUCUCAAACCAAGACACUAUUUCCGGUUUUUCAGAGUUUGUAAACCAAAUCUUUCUUAAACAGAACUGAUCUUCAACUGAGGUACCACUGUAUUUGACUUUGCAUCAUUGCUCUAUUUAUUGGAGCUUCAAUGGUUGGUUGAAUUUAUUUGUGGUUGAAUUUGUUUGUGGGCCACCAUUACAAACCUUUUUGGUAGGGUAGAAAUAUAGUAAAUGAACAGAUGAAAAUGGUUGUCAUUCUAACUCAUUGAAUACAGAAUGUAUAACCUUUUAAAAUGGCUUUUGCAUUCUUCAGAUCAUUUUAAACUUUUAAAGCUUAAUUGGUUACCAGCAAUAAAAUCAAAAGUUUUCCAAAUUUAUUAUUCAUUAGUGCUGUGGGUUAAACCACAGAGCCUAGGGCUUGCCGAUCAGAAGGUUGGCGGUUCGAAUCCCCGCAACGGGUUGAGCUCCCAUUACUUGGUCCCUGCUCCUGCCAACCUAGCAGUUCGAAAGCACGCAGUGCAAGUAGAUAAAUAGGUACCGCUCCGGCAGGAAGGUAAACGGCGUUUCCAUGCGCUGCUCUGGUUUGCCAGAAGCGGCUUAGUCAUGCUGGCCACAUGACGCCGGCUCCCUCGGCCAGUAAAGCGAGAUGAGCGCCACAACCCCAGAGUUGCGACUGGGCCUAAUGGUCCGGGGUCCCUUUACCUUUACCUUUUAGCAGCUUCAGCAAACAGGAGGAAGAAAAGCUGAAUUAUUUGAUAUUAAUAAUUCACACUUGGCAUACUAGGUUCCAAAAUAUUGAAUGUAAGGAAAACCAUGCAAUCAGCAGCUCUUAACAGCAGUCACACGUUAGUAAUCUGGUGUAGGUGGCAGUUUCUAGAACCAAGACAGAAUUUUGUUGGAGCUACAUAUGUUAAGAUAAGUGUAGUCAGGCACUGGAAUUAUGCAUAAUUCUCAAUUAGGUAGAGUAUGUGGGUGUCUAGUGUUUUGAUAGCUUAAUAACUCUCAAGUUCCAAUUUGGGUUGCCUUGAAUAAGUGACUUCAUGUUUUGGCCAUUUUAAUUAACUUCUGUUAAGUGUAUUAAAACUGAAAGCACAGUUCAGAUGUGAAGCUUAUAGAAGCAAGAAUGGCUUGCACUUCUGAGUUGAGCAUCAAGGGUCUUGCAUGUAGCAAUAUAAGAUUAGCAGAGACACUGUGAUGCUACGUCAGACUAGCAGUUUGAAGUGCCCGAUACUCAUACCACGUUACAGUCUUCCUCUCCCAGUUUGCUCCCACAAUGCAACUUGGAAGAGUUGGGUCUAAGGGAAAGUGGCUUUCUUGAAAUACAGAAAAAGAGAAAUAAGAACUCACUGUCAUAAAGAGUAUAAGCUGCACCUUAAAUCUUGUGCAAUGUACAGUCACUAUUCUGUCUUCCCUUGAAUUAAUUUCCUCUCUCCACCUUCCCACCCUGCAACCCAAAAGACUGAGUUGUUAACAUUAAGCUUUUUAAAAAUAUUGGCCCCUAUAAUAUCAAAUACACCUGCAGUGUUUAGUCUUUUAUUUCUGGAGUAAAUUCCAGCACCGCAUCAGGAUUUUGUUUGUUCACUUUAAUAUCAUUGCAUUAAUUGCAUCAUUGUGUUUGGACAACAAGGUAUUCUGAAAAAAAGGACAAAUUGGUAUAGAUUGGGCCAGUUGCUAAUGGACUUCUGCCAUCAAUCACAUGUGAACAACCAUUACUAGCUGAGAUGUAACCAUUACAUUACUAAGGUGCUGCUUAUGAACAGGAGGACAGCUAACCAAAGUUUCUACUCUAACUACCUCAUAAGCAUCUGGCCCAUGGGGCCAAAAAGAUUCCUCCACCCCCUUUUUAUGAGAAGAUCUCCAAGGGGUAUAGUAUAACACAUGUAUUUCCAUUUGCUAAACACACCCACACACCCACACACACACACACACACACACACCCCUGUGGUUAAAGUUCUGAUGUACCAAAUCAUCCAGUGGUAUGUUAGCAUUUUUGCACUCUUCUGUGUUCUGACUUCCUGCGUAGCUUUUCUUGAUCUGAUUGUGUACAAUGAGGUCUGUUGAAGGGGAAAACUACAGUCAGCAGUAGAAUUGCUUAUCUUCAAUAGCUCAGAAAUUUCCACAUUUAUUUUUAUACUUGAACUUUCUUUUAACCCAGAAUGACCAUUGGUUUUCUAUUAUUAUAUUUAAAGCUUUCUCUUGAUAUCUUAGACUGGAAUGUUUUAUGAAGUGAUAAUUUCUUAUUGUUAAGGGGAUUUGCUUUUAUGUUUGCUUCUGUUAUGCACAGAAUAUCCUCCUUUUAAAGCCUAAUAUAUGCAUUCUCUGUACCAGUAAUAGGCAGGGUCAGAAGCAAACGUGGCCGAAACAAUGAAUGUGUAUUUUAGUUUUGUACAUUAGGCUACUUUCUGCAUCCAUUCCACACUCCUUUCUGUCUUCCAUCCAGAAAAGCAAUAGGCAUUAUUCAAGCAAAGGCCAUUCAAGGACUGCAAGCAGAGAGGCAUUAUCAGAGUUCAGGGCUGGAGUGGGGCGGCAUGGGGCCAGGCUUGUAGAACCAUAUUUGGUCCAUGGCCUAAUGCAUCCUUGCAUGGUUGUUAUGCUAAAAUGAAGUUAGGAUAUAUUGCAUCCUGCCAUAAGGCAUCAAAGUAGGGGCAGCAGACAAACAUGCAGUUGCCUUGCGUAAGGGUCAUAGAAUCAUAGAGUUGGAAGGAACCCUGAGGAUCAUCUAGUCCAACCUCUUGCAAUGCCAGGAAUAUGCAGUUCUCGCCUAGGGGGAUCGAAUGUGCACCACGCUCUACCAACUGAGCUAUCCACCGCUGAUCCAUCUAACCAAGUACCAUAUCAACUGGCAAUGUCUCUCUUGAGUAAAUGUAUUUCCCAUUCCAGCCACCUAAGAUCACAGAAGUUAAGUCUGCUUAAUGUACAGAAUAGAUGUCAGGAUUUGAGCUCUUGCCACCUGCAUACAAAACUAGUAUCCAGCCAUUGAAUUUUGGCUCUUCUCCAUGCAGUGGCUAGUACUGGUGGCUGUCAGUCGGUCAGGAAUCCUUGCCGAAAUAUAAUUGCAGCAUCUGUUUCUUCAUUUAUAAUGAAGAUGCUUGGAACAAGUUAACUCUACAUAAGUCUUGACAGAUCAUUGUUUUUGCCUUUUUAGGCAUUUUAAUAUGUUCAAAGAUUUACUGCAGUGUGUAAAGAGCUAUAACUUCAAAAAGAAGUAGCUCUCUCUCUUUUUGUCUUAACAAUUUUGAGUACAUUGUUUGAUCUUGCAGAGUGAACUCAUAAUGUACGUGUAGGGGGAUAAUGCAUACAGCAAUUCAUCACACUGGGGGAAAAUAUCCAUGAGUCAUCUUGGUAAAUAUGCUUGGAGCAUAUAUGGACCUAGGACUCAUCUCGAGUCCUCUCCUCAUUAAUUGUUUUGCAGACACACUGAUGGUCACUUAAGUGAAUUCCAUACAUAUGGAGAUGUCUCAUGAGGAAAACGAAUGCAUCGAUUUGCUUCUGCACAGAACUGAGAACUUGCCAGCAUGCUUCUAGAAUUCCAGGGUUCAGUCCAGUGUUUCCCAAACUUGAGUCUCCAGCUGUUUUUAGACUACAGUCCUCUCUGACCACUGGUCCUGCUAGUUUGGGAUGAUGGGAGUUGAAGUCCAAAAAUAGCUGGAGACUCAAGUUUGGGAAACCCUGGUCCAGUCUCUUAUUUGGAGACUUGGGUAGAUAAGGGUACAACAGAAAAAUAUGGCAGUAUUGAGAAGGUGCAUUUUCUGAGAAUGUAAAACUUUGGCACCUUCAAACUACAUUUAUCAUUCUAUGUACAUUCUAUGUGCUUGUUCAUUAACACAUUUGUAUUUGUAAUUAGCAUACCUGCAGUAUUCCUGAGGUGAGUGCUGCAGACGUUUUGGUUAUUUUCUUAUAGAUGAGUUAAGUGGUGCCCAGGUAGAGAGUUUCCCAGUGGUUGUGCUAAAUUCCCACUUAGAGAGAGCCACCUGGCCAUCACUCUUACCUUUUGGCAGAUAGUAAAAAAUCUGGCUGCUUUUUCCAGCAGACGUUUGUAACGGUCAUGGUCUGAGAUGGAGGCUUCAUGUAAGCUGUCAUUCCUGUGUGUUUUACAACUGAGGGGUUUUUUUAUGACUACUUUUGAGAGCCAUGCUGUAGGAAAGCAUUUUAUACAUUUUUAAUAUACCCCAAACUUAAAAUAUAUUGGGUGGAUGGCAGCUCUCCCUUGCCUUUCCCUCCUCCCAUUCCACUGCCAGAUUGCAAAUAGUCUGGCAUAACAUACACAAUCAGUGUUGCAGAAAUUUUAUUUCUAGCUUACCCCUUAUGAACGAUGUCAGUAAAAUAUUAAAACAUAAUAAACCAGUGUGAGAGAAUAGUCACUUAGAUACAAAAUACUGUGCUCUACAGUUCCUCAUACCUGCUUAGCAGCGUAAUCCUAUAUGUGUAAGUCCAGCUGCAUUCAGAAGGGCUGGUUCCCAAAGUAUGUAUGCAUAGGAUUGCUGCUAUGCUUUUUAAUGGCUGAAGUUGUAUGUUUGCAGAAAAUCCUCAGGUUUAGACUUUUCCAGGGAUGGAAGUUCAGGACAGUUACUGAGUGCUUCUGAAUGUGACGUGAACUACUCAGUACAUGGACAGUAUCAUUAACAUAAUUAUGUUAUUGUUAUAAGUUAUAUGUUUAUAUGCAACAAAUUGUUAAGCCUAUGCAAGUGGGUGGGUGUAUUCUUGACGCCUUGUAUUUUAGUACCACUUUAGAGUCAAUGCUGUGCUUGUAUUUCAAUCUUCUGAUGGCCCAUUCCUAUCAGGAAGAAAGAUGAACCAUGUUGCAUGAUUGUGGUCUAGUCUCAAGAGGUACAAAGGCAUGAAUGGCUGCCCUGCUGCCAUGUGAAAUAAACACCCAGUCUUCUCAUCAAGUGAAAUUGGGGCGGAGGGCAGAAAAAGUUGAAUGCUAUUAUCUAGGUUUUGACGUACAGACAUUUAUGUAAGAAGACUAUAAGGCAGCCUUUCACAACCAGGUGUCUUCCAUAUGCUUUUGACUACAUUUCCCAUCAGCCCCAGCCAUCACAGCCAUAGGUUGGGGAAGACUAGGCCUCAGUUUUGGACCUCUGGCUAAAGGAGAUGUAAUAUUCCCUAUUAUCUACCUGAUCUUCCUGUUUCUAGAUUUCAAGAGAUGUGCUGAUAAUUUAUCUAUUACUUGCUCUACUGAGAAGCUCUGAACAUUUUCUUCUCUUCUGAAGCUUUUUAAAAUUAGCAACUCCAUCAUGUGUUGGUAUUGUUGUAAGCAAUGUGCUAAAUAGUUAUUUUAGUGGAAUGCUAAACAUUUUCCUUUUGAGUUAAUACUAUUUUGUAUAUUAAAUAUAUUUGUAGGAAGGGAUGAAACAAUGGAGUCUGUCAGACCAUCUUUCCUUGAUUAUUUUGAGCAAAAAGAAAAAGAGAAUCGGAGAAACAACUAUGGAAGGAAUGUACCAGAAAGAUAUUCCUCCGAUUGGAGAGUACCUCAGGAUGGUGAUUAUGAAUUCGUAAGUAAAAUACUUUCGGCAUGUUCUAGAAUCAUAGUUUGCUUUUCUAUUUUUUAUGUUUUGUAGAAAAGGAGAAAUAAUCCUUAAUCCUAGUAAAUAUUUGAAACAAUAUAAAGGUGAAAGAAAAAAUGCAUAAUACUUUAUUAUUACAAAGAAAUGCUUCCUUAAAACAGACAAUACUGAAUUGCUUAAGAUGUAGACAAGUAAGAACAACAAAUGAUUUAACUUGGUAUCCUGAAUGUAUUGUGAGCAAUACAUAAUAAUCGUUCAAAUUGCCUGUGAAAUGAAAAUGGUGUUCUGAUUUCUAAUCAGAUUUCAAUCAUAUGGUUUUGUUCAGUGGCGUGGGUUUAAAGCUGCAUCACAGUUUAGUUAAAUCCUUUUUUUUUAUUGUACAUUUUGUCUUGGUAAGUAUAUGAGAACCUAAAUGCUAAUUGAUUUGGGCUGUUGAGAAGUGUAAUUUAUCUCCUUUGUGACAAUUACCCAUACCUUUUUCACACCCCGCCAAUCUCAAAUAGCAUAAUGGUAAAGGGAACUCUUUUCCUUUUUUCUUAUGCCGUGCUUCUGGCUAAGGAGCUUGAGAAGCUACAGUAAUUUUCCUGUUACUAACGGUUGUCAGCUAGGAAAUGUGUUCAUGGUGAUGGGGAUUUCUAAUGUAGAAGGCACUUGGCAAAAGAAAAACGCUGAAAAACUUUAUGUACAUGGCCGUCUCUUAGUUACUGCAUGGCUCUGCUUGCUGAUCACUACUGUUACCUAACCACUUUCAAUAUGAGAACCCCUCCUAUACUCCUUGAUUAUGUGGAGGGAGAAAGCAGAGUUGGAAGAUGGGAGAUAAUACGUGCCCAGGCUACUCAUUCCUCCUAACAGCCUGGCACCAUGUGUGUAUGCUGGGAGCAGUUGGUGGAGUAGGCAGGAAAAUGGCAGUAUUAAUUCUGUAUGUCAGCCCUCCCCCAACCUGGUGCGCCCCAGAUGUUUUGGACUGGGAGACCCAUUAUUCCUUAUCUUGCUGGUUGGGGCUGAUGAAAGCCACCUUAAUGGUUGGGGCUGAUGAAAGCCACCUUAUGUGGGAGUCAUAAAGCCACGGUAAAGGCUUGUAAUAUUGCAGGGUGCCCCCUGACCUCGGCUGACCAGCACUCUGAGCUUUACAAUGUAUUGGAAUGUAUUGGAGCUGUGUUUCCUCUGGGCAGUGAUUGACCCUAUAAGGUGUUGGGGGCAAUAAAAGCCUUGACCGGAUGAGGUAACGUGAGACACUGGCAAACAGCCAUGCGGCUGGAGAGAGACAAAGGAUAAUAAAAGAGGGUGCAGGAGGAGAGGGAGGAAAAAGGAGCUGCUCCUACCAUCGUGAAAAUAUUGCUGGCUCUCUGUGUCAUAAUUUUAUGCUAAACUUCGCCACUUUGUAACGGCUGGCUCCGACAACCUUACAUGGGCAAGGAUCGUGCCCUGUUGGUAUCUAACCAGCAGUUACGUACUUGAGGUUUAGUACUGCCAUUAUAGGCUGUAAUACUGCUGAAGGAGCAACGUAAUUCCCAGCCAAAGUAUGUGUGCAUGCGUAGUGUGUCGUAUUGGCAAAAUGUUUCUUCCAGUGUUAAGACACCAUCUCCGACCCCUGUCACUAACUGCUUAUCACAUUUCUUAUUACUUUUUUUUUUUUUAAAAAAAGUCACCUUGCCUCCAUAAGCCAUUUGCCACGUUGCAGAGGCAUAUAGGUAGCUGCCCAGUCCAUUGAGCUGAGAAUUGCCUUCAUUGACUGGGAUCUCAGACCGAGAUCUUCGCCAUAACUUGGUGCCUGAUCUCAUUAACUGGAAAUGCCAAGGAUUGGUCCUCAGAUAUUCCUCUCCAUGUAUUCUACCAUUGAACUGUGGUUCCUUCUCAUAGUUUUCACCUGGCACUGUCCCCCCCCCCCCAUUCCUGCACCAUACACAUAGCUGUCAACUUUCAGAUUUGAAAAUAAGGGAUCAGCAGCCUCGAAAAUAAGGGAUCAGCAGCCUCACCAGUCCCGGGGACAGUCUACGGGAUAUCUAACAAUCUGGGAUAGCAGCGGGAAACGGCGCUGGAAUAAGGGGAUUUCCUACAAAAAAAGGGAAGGUUGACAGCUAUGACCAUACAGUGGAAACCUGUAAAGACGGAAGUCAACUCAGCUUACUGUGAACAAUUGUUGCAAGCACCACAUUGCUUAUUUAAGAUGCAGCCUUGUCGUGCAGUAUGGCGUAGUAUCUGAAAGGAUAAAGCAAAAUAUUUGCAUGGAUCUCUGCAGGUGAUGGCUGUUCCUGUGUGAGAGUUGUGCUUAGAAUUUUCAUUUACAGUAAUCAAAAGCAGUUGCAGUAAUUCAAUAGCAGAGGCUUAAAUACCAUUGCACCAGUGCAUGUAAUUAGUCACGUACUGUAGCAGAUUUAAAUAAAUUAUGCUGCCCUUUUUAUCCUGAAGGGUUUGCUCAUAUGGUGUUCCCUCCCCAUCUUCGAGCUUACAUAUACUAUAGUUUAGAUUUUAUUACUUGAAGCAUUGUUCCUUACAUUUUUAAUCUUCUUAAAACAUCCUUAAGCUUAAUUGGGUCUCUUUUUUUUAAGUUUUGUUUAUUUGUCAGUUGGGAGAUGUCUGAAAAAACGCAGGAGGUUAAAAUGUCACUCAGUGCAUAUUUACCCAAGAUUGUCAUGGAAAUUGAGUGUUCACUGUGAAGAGUUGUAUUGCAGUUCUCCAAGAGCCUGCUUGUGUAGAGAGAAACAUAAAUGAUGCCUCUUUAUGUUUACCGAGUUUGAGGCAGUUAGGCUUAAUUGAAUGGCUUUUUCAAAAUGUAGCUAAAUUUGCCCCUUAACUUCCCUUCAGCAUGACAAACUCUGUCUUGGCUGGGAGAAAGAAGGUAAUAACGGCUGACUUCAUUCCUAAUUAUUUGCAAACCUUAAACCAUAAUACAAGAUGUGCUUGUUGUUCUUUUAUUGCAUCUUCAUCUCCGUCAAAGUGGAGGCACCAUUCCAGUAUUGCUGGUCCGGGAUGUGGAUCUAAGGUGGCUGUUUUCUCUGCCACAGAUUGAGUGACCUUUCAGUAUGUCAUCCUUUAACUGAAUUCCCUUUCUAUAUAAAUGAGAUCGCUGAGGAUAAAUCUGUUCUAAAGUAUAAUAUACUUGGAGGCUGAAGUGGGGAGCCCUUCCCAUCACCACAGUUUCAUGAAUAUUUUGCAUUGUCAGCCAUGUUGGAAACAGUCGAGAGAGUUUGCUAGGGGUUUCCCCAAAGUGUAUUUCUUCCUUGAUAUGUGUUAUUCAAGUAUUCCCCAUUUAGGGUGUAUCUGUCCUGAUCAAUGUUGUGCUUCUGCCUAAAUUUCAAUAAAUCAUAGUGGCAGAAGAGGGCAUUAUCUUUCAAGCAUGGGGAGAAACCUCAUACUGGCAUUGCUCCUAUCACUGUGGAAAUGACAGCCUACCACAGUGAUUCACUCUGCCAUUCAAAGGAGCUCAGAUUUGGUGUGUAUUAUGCACACUGGGUGCAAUCUGGUGCAGAUUUGGCUGCUGUCACUCAUUUGGAGGUGUAUUGACAAGGCUGCAUAUAUACUGUGCACCUCCAGUUCAUAGCAUAAGUGUAGAAUGUAAUGUUUUGAGAGAACACACAUUACUCAUUUAGCCCAUAUGGUUGUGCACAUCAGCUGUGAAGAGACUUAAAAUUGCUUAAUGCAGUCUUUGAAGCUGUUUCGGGCUCAGCUUCAGUGCGUGUACCCCUCACUCUCCCCACCCACUGAGGGCUAAUCACCAAACUAUAUGUGGCAUAUUUUACAUAGUUGGCAAUUGCACAAGUUUUAGAAAAGUAAAGAGUAGGUGGGGAUGGGGCUGUUGAUAUUGGGCUUCCCAUUCCUUCCAUUUGCAUUGGUAGGAAAUCUUCCAUUGGUACCAGUGGAAGCAUUUCUACUAAUGCAAAUAGUAGGCAUGGGGUGGUAGUGUGUGAGCUGGAUUUUGGACCACAGUGGAAGUAAAGUGUUAAAAACCCCUUUCACCAGGAUCCAGGUCCUACCCGCACAGAUGCUAUUUAAACUUCUUUUUAAAAAAUAUGAGUCAUGUCACAUCCAGUUUGCCUUAAAUAAUCCUAUCCAUUCUCCACACAUCUGGAACUGGGGGGUGGAGAAUGUUUCCAAGCUGGAGAGCUAUGGACUUUUGAGUCCUGUAAUCUGAGGUUUUCACAUUGUUUCAUGCUUAGCUCCAUCUGUGACCUAGUGGUGUUCAGUAGGUUUUGGAAAAAAAGGGUGGCAUUAAUAACCUUAGGCUUGCAGCAUUUUGUUUGCUCUCUAAACCUUUUGUAUGCAAAACUGUGCUUUCUCUGACAUUCUCUCCCACUUAAAAGUUUUCCUUUUUUCGGUUAACCUCCUGUAUAACUGGAACCCUUUCAUCACAAACAUUUGAUAUUUGCUUCUGGUAUGCAAGCAGUGCCAUGGCAAAGGUCAAAUGGUAAGGACUUUCUGCACAUUCUAAGAUACCUUGGCUGCUUCAUAACAUGCUCUGAAGAAUGUUAAUGGUUUUGCCAGUUGUACAGAGGAAACAUCUAUUAUCCUUUCUGGAAAUGAUUUAUAGUGAGCAACUGCAAGAGGCCGAGUGAUUUAUUGCUUAUUGAUCAAUGAAAACAUGCUCUGGUUUACAAUGACCGGUAUGUCUGCUGUGUUACAGGCCUUUGUGCUGGCGUCAUUUGUCUUCUGAACAAGUCAGUAUCAUCUCUCCCUUUCCUCAAAUAGUUGUAUUUUUUCUCUUCCGAACUCUAAUGUUGGACGGCAUGUCGGUAGCUUAGAGCUGAUAACGUAUUCCUUCCCUAACUCUUGUCAAUCCUUGUUUGGUGAUUAGCUCCAUCUAAAGUUCGGGCAACAUAGAAACAAGACUUUUCCACAGGCAAAGGGUCUUCACGGCCAAAUCAGUAGCAUUUAUUUCAUUCCACGUUUAAUUUAUAUACUACCUUUUUAUAUUACUACACACAAGGUGUGAAGAAAAACGAGAAAGAUCAAUAUGAUCCAAACCAAAAAUGUCAUAAUGGUAACAUAACUUUAAAAGAAACAACUUACAGUACAUAAAAUAAAGUAAUAUUCAGCAAUCCAUUAGAAUAUAAUAGUACACAUUAAAACUAAAAAUAAGCAAAUGAUAACUAAACAGAAAUUCACUCUUAACAACUGCAAUAAAUAAUUUCUAAACUAUAAUCAAUAAAAAUAGCAAGUCACAUGGCAGAAAAAUAACACAAUACAACUUGAGAAGCAAAGACAUACCGGUACAACUUGUCAAAUUACUAUUUUUAAAAAUGUCCCUGAACUCCUCUCUUCCCAGCUGCUUCUGAUGUUCCUAAAAUCAUAGUUUGGGAAAGGCUCCUAAGGCUGCAGGGUGGGUGGAGGCAGGUGGAAAAAGCCAUUGCCUGAUGGGCAGCGGGAUUCACAUAGUGGCUCAGUUUAUGCUUUAUAAACGAUGAGUUUUAUAUUAGCACAGAGUUUGGCCGAACUCACCAUGGCGCUUCUCAUGUUGUUACUCCGGAACUAAAUUUCCUUCUGUUUGUAGCUUGCUCUUCAUUAACCAUGACAGCUUGCAAUUUAAAACACACAAUAGAUGGGGUUCAUAAAACCAUUACUGUAUGAAACCUUUCAAUAUAUCAAAUAGAAGUAUAUUGGCCACAGUUCUAAUAAUACAGCAAGCAAGACCCCAUUAGUGACUGGCCUCAUAACAUCACCCCACCCCAGAAGCCUGUUUGAAGAGGCAUUCAACUCUUGCCAUAAGCUAAACAGCAGCUCACACUGGAGGGUUUACUAUUGAGAGAGUCACAUGUAAAGAAUUCUGCUAGCAGAUAGAUGCAUACACAAAAGUGAAGCAUUCCUUUUAGUAUACUAGGUGUUUUAUAACUAAAAAACCAGCGCUUUCACUGUACAAUAUCUAAAGGAAUUUCUGUCCCAACAUUUCUCACUGGCAGAUUAUAGGGAGAAAAAACAUAGUUUAGACACCUGCUAUAUUUGCAUUUGGUUAUCUCUAUUUAGACACUAUAUAAAAGCUUCACUAUCGUGUGCAUUUUUAUUAAUAACUUUGCAUGGUAGCUUCAUAUUUUAAACUAGAGGUGAAUAGAUAGAUGUGUCUGGAGUAUAGUUUGUGUUAGAUUAUCCUGUUUAUCAGUGGGACAGCUUUUAAAAAUGAGUACGCUAUGUUGCAUCCAUAACUGAGGAGUUUUGUCUUCCUGCAUAAUACUGAAAUUUGAGAAACAGGAAGCUUGAGAUAGGAUGGAUCCUUUAACUAAUAUUAGUCUUCCUCGUGAAGGUAGUUCUAAAUCAAAACUUAGAUGAAAAUGCAUUGUGCUGAAAUAGGAUUGUAUCCAGUGUAGUGCUAUUUUAAAGUCACUUAGUAAUGUACUUGUUCUGUUGGUGAACAGUUUGCUGCUUCCUUUGCAUGAGCAGAAGCAACAAACUAGGACUCCUGGCUUAGCAUUAAAUCCAGACAGGAGAUCAUGGUGGUUUUUCGCCAAUGGAAUGAGCCAUGAUUGAUAAACCAAGAACAACCUUUUGCUUCAAAUGGUGGUUUGGAGCAAAAGAAAUCCAUCGUCUUCAAUUUGAACAUAAUUCUAAGCCAGGAUUGUGGUUUGGUGCUCAUACGGAUGUUACAUCAUUGGUUUACUGUGACAUGUGAACACAGCUAUUGACAGCUCUUCAUUUCAGCUAGAUUGUUGCAGUCCCAUCUAUGCGGAAUCAAGGCUGUGCUAACAGGAAUAAAAAGAUCAGAAUUCUGCACCAAGGCAGUUCUAACUGUAUGCCAAGAAAAGCAGAUUUCUGCUAUCCCUUUAAAUUAUGCAAUUUGUAUAUCUUUGCUUUGACCUUUGCAUUUUUCUGCAUCUGCUGAUCAUAACAGGGGAUAAGGAAUUUUUGGCACUGAAAUAAAACUUUCAGUUUUUGAGAUUACACCAGAGCUAAAAAAAUAUAGGGCUUGGAAACGUGGUUUAUCCAAGCUGUCAAUCCUGUAUGCACUUCCAUUAAACUCAAGCGGCUUGUAUAGGAUUGGAAAGUAAUGAAUUAAGAUUACAAACGCUGCUUUGGCAUGAUUAGUUCUUCAUAAGGUAAUAUUGUCCUCCACGCCAACUCUAGUUCUUCUUUUGAGAGAAGAUGUUAUUUUGCUUGUUGCUGAAUCCCAGCUGCAGACACACAACUGCUUCAAACUGCAUCUCUGAUAUACAUCAGGUUCCUCAUAUAUGCAUGUACCACAGAAACGCCGGGCUCCAUUGCAACCCACAAUGGGGGCACAUCACUUUUAGAUUUAGAAAAUGCUUUCUGCCAGUGUUUGAAAUUGGAAAAAGUCAGGUAGCUUAGGGCUUGAAUUGUUUUCAGUACCUACUGCCAAGGAUGAUUAUUUUCCCCUUCCAUCCCCUUCCUUAACUAGGCAUAAAAAUCCCAGUUCAUAAGACAGGCUCAUCAGUCAAAAGUUUUUCUCUUCAUAAACUUGACACUGAUCAGAUUUGUAAAAGUUUUAUGCCUUUAUUGUUGCUACUGAUGGUAUAGUUUUGUAGUGUUCAGCAGUUUUAGGAUUAUGAAGACUCUUUAAAACAAAGUUGCGUGCAGGAUUCUAAAAGAAUAAACUGAGAGACUGUUAUAUUAAGAACAUUCUGUUCUCCCUGUGUAGACUGAUAAGCUGAAUUCGGUAACCCCAAGCUUACACAGCACAUCCUUUAGCUCAGUGGGAUCAUCAGUUCCAUAUAUUCUCCUGCAGUUUUGAUGGAAAUGAGAGUGAAUUGGAUGGAGGGGUCAAAGAAUCACUUGCUGCUUGUGAGAUAGAGAAAUAGGCCUGGGUAGUGUGUGGGAGAUAUGGUUGCAAGGUCUGACAGUGGUUCAGGGCUCCGACUCGACCUUGGUGAGCCUGGCUUCCAAUUAAAUGCCAUUAUUGAGUAGCAGUGCCAUUGAAGCAAGAUGGAACUUUGGGAUUUUGUUCUGAGGGGAUACAACAGCGAACAUUCCAAGCACAAAGCAAUGAACCACUGAGUUUGCUUUUUGUUUUCCUUCCCAAUCAAUCAUUGGUUUUGCUAAACAAAAAUUAAAUGUAAAAACUCAUUUUGGGGGGAUUCAAACUCACCAUAUUUGAAUGCCGCUUUUUCUUCUAAGGAACCUCGGUAGUGUGCAUUAUAGUAUAUUGUUCGUCACAACAACUUGCGAGGCCAGUUGGAGUGAGAGACAACACUUGACCGUUCCUGCAUUGGCUCUCCAUUAAAAAUAAGUUGAUCUCAUAAGAGGCCUAGAAGAGCAUCACUUCAUCUUGUGUUCUGGACCAUGAUUGUGAGUUAGACCUAUUUCUGGAACCACUGUCAGGAUAAAAGCUAGCUGGGCAUUCCCAGAAUGCAAUAAUAUGCAAUACCAGUAAGCCAUAACUUUAAAUGUUCGGGCGAGUAGACCUAUGUACUUUCCUUAGGUACCCAGGAAGGUGCCUGAUACCACUUCAGACUAUUUGUCCACCUAUCCCAGAAUUCUCUACUCUUACAUGUAGAAGCUUUCCAAGGGCUCAGGCAGGGAUCUUUCCCAUCAUCUUCUACCUGAUUCCAUGUUGACUCGAGAUGUCAUGGGUUAAACCUGAGACAUUGUGCAGUCAAAGCAUGGGCUUUGUCUCAUGCAGAGCCUGUCAGCACUAUGAGGAGCUGCAGCCGUCACGAUGCGGGUGCAAAAGAUUAUGCUUGUUUGUGCUUGUAGAGCUGGUGGCAUGUAGGAAAAUGCUCAAACUGAAAUUUCAUAGAAGAGAAACUAUAAGUUAACAGACAAAACACUGUAAUGAGGGCUGAAUGUUAGAGCGAAAAGUGCCAAGACAAGGAGCAAAUGAAGACAUUAUCAUUUUGGACAUACUCCGAACAAAUGUGUUCAGUCUAAUCUAAGGCUUCAUUAAUCCUUUCUUAGUUCUUAUUUGUUCAAAAGGGUCUGGCUUCUCUUUUGUUGUCUGCCUUGCACACAAUUGUUAAUGAGUGCCAAAUCUUUGAACAAAUUAAUGUAAUCAAAUUCAGUAAAGUCAUCCCAUGAGUCUGGUGCUUUUCUUUUCUUUUUUCCCCCUCCUGAAGAGGAUUGAUUCAUAGGCUCUCAAAAGCUCAACAUAGUUGAUGAGUCAGUAAAUCAGUAUUACAUGGUUUCUCAUCAGUUGUUAGUCCUGUAGAACAGAGAUGGACAAGCCAUUGCCCUCCAGUUCCUUGCUCAGCUACAAAUCCCAUUGUCCCUGACACCAUUGGCUAUGCUAACAGGAUAAUGGGAGUUGUAGUUCAAAAACACCUUGGGGGGGCAAUAGGUUCCCCAUCUCUGCUUUAGAAGAAAUACAAUGUUUUCAGCAUUAUAUCAGUUAAGUGGUUUGUGAAUAGCACUUUGUCGACUUCUCUGUUAAAAAUGUAUGUUUCAACAUCACUUGAUGAUGAUUAUUAUUACUCGCCUUUCACCCCAAGGUGGGUCACAACAAUCUAAAAUAAAACAUAAAAAACCAGUUUAAAACAAAUUGGAAUCGCAAGAGUAGGUCUAGUCCUAAAAAUACAUAUCUCAAAUGUCAAAGGGUAAAGAGCUGCAUCUUCAGCUUACAAUAAAAAUUGUGUAAUGAAAGUGCUACAGAAACCUCUCUGGCUGGUCCUGAGUUUCUGAAGGCACUGGAACUACUAAGAGGACCCUGCUGUAUUUUGGACCAGCCCUAUAAAUUUUUAUUUGUAUUUUUGCAUUAUUUUACAUGCUGGUCUCCUUUCUCAGAUGCAAAUAUGCUGCAUGGACUGCUUUUGAUGCUUUUUCUUUUGAACUAAAUAAGCAGAAUGCUAUGCUCAAAUGCUGUGCUUUGAAAGAAAAAUAUGCCUAAAACUCUUGCUUUGUGCGUUUUAGACAUGUGUGACCUUCAAGCAUAGAAAGUUGAUUUAUUGCUCUGUCGGGCUUUUAAGUGUCCUGCUUGCUAAAAUAGGGGAAAGAGUAAUAAUUUUUAAGGAGAAAAUAUAUUGUCAUAAAACUGCAGAGGUCUGCCAUGGUGUAAGCACUUUUAAGCAUCAUCUCCAGCAAAUAAAUAUCUGCCUGCAGAAAGGUGUGUGUGUGUGUGUUUCUCUUUGUGUUGGUUCAGAAAAAUUGACCUUCACUUGUCUUGUAAUUCAGUUAUAGGGAAGUGGGGGGGUGGGAGAGAGAUGCUUUGUCCUUUGUGUAUUAUUGGAUUAAGACAUCAGAGCCUUUUGAUGUCCUUUAAAGAUUUAGGAGAUGAAAUGUUUGUAACUGACGGCUGUGUGGAGGAAGACAGUUGAGACACCUUGACAUUUCCUUCCUUUCAAUCAAGUCUGCAUAGAAUUUAAGUUGUCAGAGGUGUGUAGAAUUUAAGUUGUCAGAGGUGCCUGGCACAUUAGCCCUUUAUUUGACUGGUUUGGAUGUAUAUCCCUGCUUCAUAAACCAUGAGUUAUGAAGCCAGGAGUGAGCGUUGUGGCUGCAUUCUUUUCCCUUCCCAUGCAUGCCAGCUUUGUUGCGAUGACGCUGAUUUGUUUUUAAGCCGGAGUUUCCAGUUACAUCCAAAAAUGGGUCAGUGGUGUAAUGACUAACCAGGAUAAACUUAAUAUGAAUUGCAUUAAAAAUGUGGAUAGCCCAGAAUUAAGUGGCUUGGUUCAGACACACAAUCCCAUUUAUUUCAGUGGUAGGCAAUAUGGUACCUUCCCGACCAGGGUUUCCCAAACUUGGAUCUCCAGCUGCUGUUGGGACUACAAAUCCCAUCAUCCCUAGCUACCAGGACCAGUGGUCGGGUCAGGGAUAAUGGGAGUUGUAGUCUAAAAACAGCUAGAAACCCUGCUCCAGAUCCUGUUGCAGUCCAACUCCCAUCAGCCCUAGCCACUGUGGUCAGCUGUCAGGAAUGAGGGGCGCUGGAGCCCAGAAAUGUUUGAAGAGCACCGUGUUAAUUUUAUUAAAUGUAGUUUGUACAAUUCAGUGUACAAACACCACCAUUUUACAAUUCUCCCAACAAAUUGGCCAUUAUAUCAAUUAGAAUAUGCUAAAAAUAGAGCUGAAUAAAAAUCAGCACGGGACUGAGGGAAGUCGUAGACUAAAAUGUCUGGAGAGCACCAGGCUGCCUAUAGUUGUCAGGUAAAAACAUUGUUGUUAAAAUGCCCGUAUGACUGUGGUGGGUAUUAAGGCCAUGCUUGGACCAAAUCCUUGGACCAAAGGCUUAUUAAGCCAGGAUUUGCGUGAGUUGGCUAUAUUCAUCGGCAGUGCUGUGAGCUGAUGUUUUGAAUGCAGGGAAAGUGUUUUAAGCUCUCUUUCUCUCAGUGUAGUUUUAUCUGCCAAUUACUGCUGAUGUGUUUACUAAUUAUUUUUUAAUUAAAUUUGUUUUAAUAGCAUUUGUUUUUAAUGGCAGGGUGCAGAAUCCCCCUUUCCUUGGUGCAGAAUUUGAUUGCCUGGAUUGCAGGCUUAACAUUUUUCAUGCAGAAGUUAUAAAGUCCUGGACAACUGUGUUCUGAUCUGAAGCUAUUUCAAAAUGUACUGCAAUUUUUAAUCAUUCACUCUGGGUUGAAUUUAACUCACAUUUUACGUGUAAAUACCUAUUCAUUGCUGCCAACUCUUAUAUGGGAAUGCACUGAAGAAUUCCUAAGGGAUUUAAGCGCUAUUGAAGUAGAAUUCUUCAGAAGUAGUCAGGGAUGCUGCUGUCGCUGAUGGAGAACAACAAGCCUUUCUCCCAUUAUAUAGUUCCUACCUACGCUCUCAGUGUCGGUGUCCUAUUUGCAUAAUCAUCUAGACAGUGUUCUCUAAACCACACGGAUAAAUAUACAAAUCUCUUUAAUCCAGGUACCACAAUUCCUGUGGUGUUACCCUCUUUCAGGAGUCUGUCACAAGCCUAAUAAUGCCCACCGUGUUUCUCUGCAAAAAGCAAAGAGGAUGAAAGCAUAAAACUAUGAUGAGGCAUCAAUAUAUUUUUCAUUUCCAUUGUAUUUAAUUUUGCUCUCCCAUUUUUCUAAGCAACAUGUCUCCUUCUGAAAAUGCAGUGGGUGCCAAGCAAAUCCCAGCUCUGCUAACAGGUUGAAUGCAAACACUCCCCACUUCCAUUUAACCUCAUUUCGGUGGCUCAUUGCUGCUGCUGGAUCAGCCUGUGAAGAGUUAACUUCCUUGGCCCAGAGGUUGAGGGAUAGUGCUGGUAGCUGAAGUGCGGGUGUGGGAAAUGGCUGUUCUUGCCAGAGGUGUGUAGUUGAGGGCAUUUCCAUUCAGGCUUACAUUCAAGGUGAAAAUGCAUGUUAGUAGCAGCAACCUGUGUGAAUUUAUUAUGCACACACAGGACUAGAAAUGGAGGAAGGAUUUGUUCAUUCCUGUCUUUUUUUCAGCUGAUUGGCCUAAUUUGAUGGUCCUGAAAAUGCUUGCAGAUUGGUACACAGUUCUCAAUUGGAUUGUGCUCUUUUCUAGGUUUUGCAAUUUAGUUUUAGUGUGCAAAAAGUAUGUACAAAAAUAUAAAUGCACAUUGAAAAGUAGGUAUUGGGGGAUGCAUAUAAUCUAUACAAUUUACAUAAGAAAUUCUCAUGCGUUCUUAAAAAAAAAUCCCCAUAGAACAGGAGGAACAAACCUAUAACUGAGUGCCAACGAAAACGAUACAGGAUGGUAUUAGACUGUUUGGACAUCCUUACUUAAAACAUUGGUGGCCGAUCCUUUUGGCAAAUAGUGCAAAGUACAGUACAUGGGCAGUUCUUCCCCAGCUCCCCAAAUGAUCUUGGUAGAUUUUCUUCUAACUUACUAAGCUGUGGCACAGGCAGCACUGGAGGAGGCAGGGAUGUAGAUCUGCUUUUAUCCCAUAGCUCAAGCCUCUGGCCCUUCCUGCUCCUGUUCAGAUGUGUCAUAGGUUGGCCACCUGAGAACCCAACAUACCUCAAAAAGCCCUUAGAUAAGAGUGUAACUUCUUAGUGAUGGAGCAGGGCCUACUUAACGUGUUAAUGGCCUACAUUUUCUACUGUUAUCAUGGGUAGCCAAAUCUUUUCCAGCUUUUCAGGGGAGCCGGAAAACAAAUAACCUGAGAAACUUCAGCUCAGAAUGUUGAUUGGAGCCCAUACUGUUAGUAAAAAGAGACACAAGGGUGGCGCUGUGGCCUAAACCACUGAGCCUCUUGGGCUUGCCGAUCAGAAGGUCGGCGAUUCGAAUCCCUGUGACGGAGUGAGCUCCCGUUGCUCUGUCCCAGCUCCUGCCAACCUAGCAGUUUGAAAGCACACCAGUGCAAGUAGUUGAAUAGGUACCGCUGUAGCGGAAAGGUAAACGGCGUUUCCAUGCAUUCUGGCUUACGUCACGAUGUUCCAUUGCACCAGAAGCGGUUUAGUCAUGCUGGCCACGUGAUCCAGAAAGCUGUGGACAAAUACUGGGUCCCUCAGCCUGAAAGCGAGGUGAGCGCCGCACCCCAUAGUUGCCUUCGACUGAACUUAAUUGUUCCAGGAGUCCUUUACUUUUACCUUUAUACUGUUAGUUCAUGCUGAAUGAAUGAAGCAGUGGGCUUAAGAGUAGGACUGGAAGGAAUAGCAGCCAAGCUCAUUGAUUCCUUUAACAGUGCUUAAAACUAGAUCCACAGUUGUGUUGAAAAUGAUCCAGUCUAUUCAUUGGUGAAGAAAUUUGGGAUGACGGAAAGGAUUCUUCAAAUUUUCUGUAGGGAGCCUGAAACUCUCCCAACAAUUGGAGCAAGUGCAUUGCGGGGGGCACUCUAUUUUUUGCCAGAUAAACUAUUGUCAGCUUGAAGUAAGCUUUUUAAAAUAUUUAUGGACCACUUUGUCUGAUGGAUGUGCAAUGGGUUACAUCAUCACUUUCAUUGCCUUAUCCAUAGGAAUCAUAAGCUCAAUUCUGUUAAAAUAGGUUGUUUGUUGUUGUUUAGUCGUUUAGUCGUGUCCGACUCUUCGUGACCCCAUGGACUAGAGCACGCCAGGCACUCCUGUCUUCCACUGCCUCCCGCAGUUUGGUCAAACUCAUGCUGGUAGCUUCGAGAACACUGUCCAGCCAUCUCGUCCUCUGUCGUCCCCUUCUCCUUGUGCCUUCCGUCUUUCCCAACAUCAGGGUCUUUUCCAGGGAGUCUUCUCUUCUCAUGAGGUGGCCAAAGUAUUGGAGCCUCAGCUUCAGGAUCUUCCUCAGCUUCAGGAACCCUCCAGUGAGGUUAAAAUAGGUGGGGAGGGUUAAAUAACAGGCACGAGGCAAUUCUGCCUCCCCAUCCUUGCAUAAAUUAGACUUGCAUAUAGUUGUUUGUUUUGCAUUCUGAAUUGCUUGGCACAUGGCAGUGUAACUUGCUAGACAUAACCUGGGAUUCCACUAGGAAUCACACAGAUUCAAAUGAACUACUGCAGCUGCAAGGGCUAGAAACAUGCAAUAUGGGGGUUCUCAGGCUGUUGAAUUGUUUCAAUUCACAUGCUGAAUUAUGUCACAUUUAUACAGAAUUGCCGGAUAUGCUUGGCAUGGUUGAUUAUGUUUAUAGCUUUUAAGUUAGUUUUCUAAUUGAGGAAUCUUUAUUGGCUUCCAAAGCGCACCUUUAAAAUGGCAUAAAAAGAUAAAGGUUGAUUGCUCCUCCGCAUGAAACAUUUAAAGUGCUUAUAAGUACCUAAUGAUACUGUCAACCAUGGUUGCCAGAAAACCUGUAUCACUUUAGUUAGUUGCUCCAAACAUACACUAGUGCUUAUUUACAACGCUUCUCAGGAAGUAUUGAGAAAAACUCUAAAAUUAAAACAAAGUAAAGAGACCAAAACAAGCAUUUGUAUUGUUAAAAGCUACUUCAUGGUAACUACAUAAUAGCUGGCAUUAUAGUUAUUUUAUAUACUGUUUAUAAAAUGUUGGUUUUGCUUACUAGAGUUGCCAUAUUUGAAACAGUGAAAAUCCGGGACAUUUUGCCAAUUUCUGCCCUGACACUGCUACCGGCAGUAUACCGGAUAUGUCUGGGAAAUGCCAGGGGUGCCAACCCUAUUUGAACCCAUCUGAGACUUGCAACUGAAGCUAGGGUUCAGGAGUGUGUUGUGGGACUAUGCAAGUCCUUUCCUUAUGUGUGAAUUCUUUCUAUCCCGUUCUACCCACUUCUGUUGGCUGAUUGUUUUUACAUAAACCACCAGCAAUCUGGAUUAAAAACUGGGUUCUAAAAGAGAGUUUAGGCACAUUGCUGAUUUCAGUUUAAUGUUGGGGCCCCAUCUGGUUGGCAUCUGUCUGUCUCGGAAGACAAUGGAGGAGUGCGCCCUUGGGGGUGAGGCCAGACUAUUGGCAGGUUGCAGCAACUACUGUGGCUGUAGAGACCAAUGCGGGAGAGACAUGCUUUGUUGUUGCUGGGGCAGAUGAAGACAUCCAGCUGCUCUGCUACAGAUGCACCGGGACGUUUCUUCUCCCUGUUCUCCUUCCUAAUGGUCAUUUCUCUUCUGGUCACUGCUGUGGGUACAUGAUUUGACUGUCUGUCUCCAGGCAAUGUGAUUAUCUGCAAGAGAUUCCCACCGGGUGGGGUUGAUGUUGCCAGCUUUCAUGUCCCAUUUGCAGACAUCUUCAUAGCACAGAGCUGGUCUGCCAAUUGGCCUGGGGCCAGAAGCCAGCUCCCCUUUUAAGGCAGCAGGACAUCACUUCAAACAGUCAUGGCUUCCCCUAAAGAACCCUGGGGACUGUGGCUUGUUACGGGUGCUGAGGUGUUAGGAGACCCCUAUAGACCCCUAUUCCCCUCACAGAGCUACAAUUCCCAGAAUUGCCUGGGAAGAGGGAUUGAUUGCUCAACCUCUCUGAGUAUUGUAACUGUGAGGGGACUAGGGGUCUCCGAACAACUCUCAGCUUUUCUGAGCACAGCCUUAAUAUCUGUGCUAAAUGACCUUCUCUGUUGGAGAGAGGGAGAGAAAUUGAUCAGUAAGAGAAAAUGCAUUUGCAAUAGCAAAUUGCAUACUUGUGCUGUGUGUAUCUGUCCCCCUCCCCUAAUACCCAGUAAGAAAUAUGUUGUGUGCAAGGAGGGCUCUCCCUUAUUGCCUACCAGGAAAAGGCCUUUGUAGGGAGUACUCAGAGUCCUCCCCUCUGCCCCAGUAUAUUUGUCACACACUUGAGAUCCCUCCCUUUAUUUAAGUAGCAGGAAGACAUCAGAACAGUUGAGCUGCCUCUAGGGUACCAUGUGUACAUUCCUGGUUUGGUAGACUUUUUGUUUUCUAUGAGAACUGCCACCCACUCUCAACCAUAUUUGGUAAUGCAUAUUAUGAGUUCAGCUGAACAGAUCCUAAACCUGUUCCCAUCCUGUUUUGCUAAUGUGUAAGAGUCCCCUGGGUCUUCUUAAGUGUGUCUCUUAUUCCUUGUUAAGGGAGCUGUGGUUUAGAGCAAAAUGGUUCCCCUCCACCACUUUUGAACAUCCUGAACCAAAAUCCAACAUGCAAGCUGUUAAGAAUUGUGUUGCAUGCUGUAGCCCACAGUGAACCUAAAUAAUUAAGUUGCAUUAAAAGCAGAAGCUUGUUCUAAGGUUUUUAUUUUUCGCUUCCUCUGAAAGAUUAAUAAAAUCUGUGUUGUAAAUUUACAGGAAUUUCCUCACAGCCAUUCGCAUAGCUUUAUACUUCUCUCCCCACAACCCAUGAAAAAUUAUACACAAAAGUAUAUAUCAAACUUCUGAGACCUGGUGUUUGCUGUUUCAGUAUCUUUUAAUAGCUUUGCUUAUCUUGAAAAAGUGUUGACUUCUUUGUCUGCCUCUGAAAGUUAGAAAGUGAGAACAUUUUUAUGUUGCCCCUGGGGGGGGGGCUCAAGGCAGUGUAAACAAUAAGAUUAUAUAAAUGAUAAAUAUAUAAAAUAACAAUUAAAGAAUAAAGUUCAACAAAACACAAUUCAGCCUGUUUACAUGACAUAUAUCACUUGUUGUGCAAAUGAUCCCAGGUGAGCAUUCCAUAGAUGGGAGUCAGAAUUGAGAACGGGAUGAAGAACCUGUGACUCUUACCUGGUCAUGCAGGAAAGAUGGCGGAGGACCAUCAUUAUAGCAGGCAAAGCUGCUUCUCAGUCAUCUUUCAUUCUGUUACAGAACUUAGCUUAACACCAGAUUAACUUUUGUUCCAUGGAAAGUUAUUUGAAAGCCAUUGUUCUAGAAUGGUUGCUAAGUCCUACAGAAUAAGUAGGUGGUAUAGGCCUAUAGAAACAACUUGGAUGCUAAGAAAAUCAAUGCCAUCUUAAAUAUAUAUAUUUUUUCUUAUAAGUGAUGGUGACUGUGGGAAGAGGGACUGGGAUGAGAACGGGAUAGCUCAGCUGGUAGAAUAGGAGACUUAAUCUCAGGGUAAUGGGUUCAAGCGAAAGAUUCCUGCAUUGUAGGAGGUUAGGCUAGAUAAUCCUUGUCGCCCCUUCCAGCUCUGCAGUGCUAUGAUUCCAAAAUCCAAUUGCUAUGAAACGUCAAGGGCUAGAACAAGACUGGGGUUGCUAUGAAAGGGGACAAGAGGAAGGAGGUGAACUGUAGUGAGGAGCCUGGGAGAGGCAUGCCUGUUCUCGGCCAGCAUAGCUAGUGGAAAGUGGAAGUUCAUGCAUCUUUUAUUUGAAAGAGAACUUAAAUGUAUUGAUUACAGAGCUCUCUCUUAGCUAAGGUUAUUGAAGCAGAGGUGUUUGUAAUCUUGUAACCAGAAUACCUUCCACCCCAUGGGGAUGCCCAAGCACUUAGCAUACUAUUUAUACUGCCAGAAACUGAAAUACAACUACUUCCAGGGUCAAUACUGCCAGAAACUGAAAUAUAACCACUUCCAGGGUCAAAUCUGGCGUCUUAUUGCUACUUGCUCUGUAUUGAUUGUUGUGGAGAGGAGACUUGGACAUACUGGGGUGUUGAUUUUUAUAUAAUGCUGCAUACUUUCAAAACUGCUUGCUGAAGGUGUGGACCCUGAAGGCCAGUCCCUGUUGUGGAGUCCCAGGUCACUGCCUUAUCCAACCAAGUAGUGUGCAUUCUGAUGUGGGCAAGCUUCCUUCUCACUGUAACUUAACUGUGUGCACCUUGCCUGAUGCAUCAGUCACCAUGCACAGUGCCAGAUCUCUGGUGAAGUCAUGGCUCGCCUACUUCCCAUCACCUCUUGUUCAGAGGGAGCAGUAAAAGUGAGGGUACAUGUAUUCUGCAUUUACCCUUCAAAUUCAAAGCAUCAGAGAAGACUGGUGCCUGGAGAACUCUGCUGUACGUUCUUCGGUAGAAGCAAUGGGACAGACACACAGAUCUGGAGAAAGAAGUGUUAUCCUUGUCCAAAAUUGCUUUGCUGUGAGCUUGCUUUGAGUCGGAAAUGUUAAGCUGGGGGCAUUCUUAAGGCUUCAAAGGGAAAAUGAGAACAAGACAUCUCUCUGAUUCUGCUUGACAAAAUUGGUGAUACUUUAAACACUCCUUUUUUCUUUAAUGUUUUUGUGAUUCUCAUACUUGGACUUUUAUUUUAUGCCUGAUUCCUUCCUUCUAUAUUUCCUUUGGCUGCCACUUAUACUUCAUUUUGUCUUAACAGCGCCACCUGCUCCAACCUCAUAGCCCAUCCCCUAGGGAACCUCACAAAGUACCGUUGUAAACAAUGCUGCUUUAGAUGUUUAUGCCUGGAUUCUCAACAGAGCCAUUUUUAUUUAAGCUUCUUUUAUUUCUGGGUGACACAGCUUCAAUAAAUGAGUUGUCUGAGCGUUCUCGAAGUGGUGCUGGUUUUCCUCAGUAUACCACUCUAAAAAAGGCAGACAAAAAAGAACUGGUUAGUUCCGCAACUCCUAGUUGUGGUACAUAAUGUGUAAACUGUAUUAUCAGAUACAUCAAGAGGCUAUGCUGCUAGCAUUUGAUGAAAGAAGAGAGUUAGGUAAUUCGAAAGAUUCCUUCCUGAUCCAUAUCUCUGCUGCUUCCGUGACGCAAGCAAAUAAUCAGUUUUCCCACUGAUACACAAAUCAAAGCUGACUUGAGGUUCCCUACAGAAUUUAGAUGGGUACAUAAGCAUUAAAAAGCUCUUGCCAAUGAUUGCAGCAAAUUAAGCAUAAAAAAAGAAAUACAGUGUUUUAUAAUAAGUACAACAUAUUUCCUGUUAACAGUUGCAUUUCCCUACCAUUGCCAACUUUGAUGUCAGGUAAAGUGGAUUGGCUACUGCUUUUUCCUCCUACCUGCACAGAUUUUGUAAUCUGUCUAUACCAUUCUGUUAGGUGGAAUGUAAAUUGAGUGGUUAAUAUGCAUAACAGCACAUUGUGCACCUUCACCAGACCUCAUGGAGAAUGUGCUCAUAAUCCAACUGUUAAGAGGGAAUUGUGUGUGUUUCCCAGCCAAUAUGCAUAAUCCCCAGUAGGCUUUUGGGAAUGUGCAUAUUAUGACUGCAGUUUGUGCAGAUUCUGUCCCACUGCUUAAUCUUAUGUGGCCCAGUGAUCAACUGAGUGAGGCUCCAUAAAAAUAACUUUUGUCUGCAAUCCAACCUCCAUUUCCCCACUCUAAGCUGUUCCCCUGUCAACUGAGCAGUUAAAGGGAAGCAGGGAGAGUUAUGUAUGCUGCCUUGAACUCCCUGCAGGAAAGGUGGGAUAUGUGUAUUCAUUUUUUGCAGCAAGCCUUUAAAAAAUGUAUUCCACAAGUAAGAGCCCUGUGGAAUUGGCAACCUUGCAAGUCACUUUGGUGAUUUUCUGCUCUCAUAUAUUUGACUAUAGAAAGUAAAACAUUUGUGUUUAUGCACUCUUACUCUGUUGCACGUACAUCUGUUUUGUUGCCCUUGAAUCAUGUAACCUACAUGUAAAAUAUGAAUAAUGUCGUGAAUCUGAAAAUCUCAUUUCUUACUCAACAGACAUCAUGCACAAAGGUUUUGAAUUAGAUGAGAAGACUUCUAUUAAAUUUUGAAGAGAAUCAAAGUACCCUCUUUCUGUUUGAGAUAAAGCACUUCAGUAUUAAUCAUUCUGGACUGGAUGACGGACAAUUACCGUAUUUUUUGCUCUAUAAGACUCACUUUUUCCCUCCUAAAAAGUAAGGGGAAAUGUGUGUGCGUCUUAUGGAGCGAAUGCAGGCUGCGCAGAUAUCACAGAAGCCAGAACAGCAAGAAGGAUUGCUGCUUUCACUGCGCAGCGAUCCCUCUUGCUGUUCUGGCUUCUGAGAUUCAGAAUAUUUUUUUUCUUGUUUUCCUCCUCCAAAAACUAGGUGCGUCUUGUGGUCUGGUGCGUCUUAUAGAGCGAAAAAUACGGUAGUCAUCCCAGAUUCCAAAUGAUGUGAAGUGUACCAUUCACUUAAUAGAAGUCUGGGACUGUAUGAUUAAAAAUAGUUCUGCAUUUUCUGAGCAUAUGACACUGCUUUGCACUGUUCCACGCUACUGGUCCGCCUUUGCCCAAAGUUGGCAACUGACUUGCAGUGGCUCCGAAGACUUUCAGUCUGAGAUGAGUCUUUUUCUGCUUUCCCACAUCAUGUAGUCCUGCAAGGCCCAUCCAGUGCUUGCUGCACUAUGUGCUGCCUGCUUCAUGGAAAAGGAGGAUUCACUGCUAUAAUUUGCUCCAUUUUUAAAGGGCAUGUGUGCUGUGAAGUGAUGGAAGUAUUACUGGUGAAAAGUAGGGAAUGAAUGAGUCCCUUCAUCUUGAAAAAGGGGCACAGCAGCAUUUCCACACUGCAACAAGCAGAAAAAUGCCCAUCCAGCAAAAAGUAAAACAAAUGCACUGUGCUGAAUAAUGGGGAUCGUUGUGGAGUUUCAUCUCUGUGCAAUCACUUCCCACAUGGCAAUAUAAUUAAAAGUAAUGGUGGAAGACAAAACUGCCACAAACAUUAUCUUCAGAAGAGCACAGAGCAAGUGCUUCACUUUUAAAUGGCACCACCAGGCAAAGUGUGGUUUGUUUACACAGUCAAGAGUCAUAGAGGGUUGUCUAGUCUAACCUCCUUUUGACUAAAAAGCAUCCAUGACAAGCAGCCAUGCAACAUCUGCUUAGAAAGUGAAGGGGAGCCAACCUUCCGAGAGAGUCUGUUCCUCUUUGGUUGCUACUGUCCCAGACCUGUUAUCCUGAGACAACAGCCACAUUGCACACCCAGCUGAAAUAACUUAACCUGCUAGGUUAAUCUCUCUCUGCCCAUAAGGCACUUGACAGGACUGUACCAGACAGACACAUAAAAAUAAGCUUUUCUAGCUUCUGAUAGACCAAUGCACAUGGGGGUUGGGGUGUGCAGUCUUUAUUUACAUACACCAGGAAUUCCAGAGUUUUUCAUUCUGGACUUAUUGGGUCACUCCAUGGACUUAUCUAUGAAGUUGUAAACAAAUGACUUUGCCAAUGUUUAGUCUAGGAUUUAGAACUUUAUUUUAAACGGUAUGUUUGGAAAUGUCAGAGCUAUUCAGCCUGGUUCUGGAGAGGCCUGCAAAUGUUCUCUUUCCAGCUAUAGUUGUCUUGGCCACAGGUCAUUGCUCUGCUACUUUACCAAAGCCCCAUAAAUGCAUAGGCAUUGGAUUACUUUGUGCAUGUGUUAACCUUUUCCGAGCAGUUAAGGGCCCUGAAAUGGGAAAUUAUUUCCUAUCUUUGGCUUAUAUUAUAGCAAGUCUCUUCCUGGAAAUUGAAAUCUGCCCAUUCCAUCUUGCGGCAACAACCAUGUAGCUGUUAUAAAAUGGUCUCCAGAGGUCAAAAGAGGGGCGCAGUGCUAUAAAGUUGUUGAGCAAUGUGCCCUUGAGAGUAUGAACUGUGACUAAUGUGUCUGCUUUGCUGUGUUACGUAUUCCCCUUCACUGUUCCACUUUCAUUUAGAUUCAGUAAAGCUCAGUGUUCUACUGGCACGUUAUUGUGACAGAUGAAAGACUAUUUUAAAUCAAGAAAGAAAAUUGACAUAGACUACCUGGGUCAAAAUCUCAAGGUUUCAAGGAUGUUUCUUAUGUGUUUGGUUCAAAUAAAAAAUAAAAAUACAUGCUGUAGAACUCCCCUUCUGGGCCAAGGGGAUUCAAGAUGGCACUUCACCUUGUUCUCUAAGGCUGUGUUCUUCAGCCUUUGGUCCGAAGAUGAUGAUGGUACUACAACCCAAAUCAUCCCUGACCAUUAGCGAAGCUGGCUGGGGACGAUGGGAGUUGUAGUCUAGCAGCAUCUGUGGACCCACACUCAAGCAUUGCUCUGCAGGCAUGCUUACACAAUUGUCCUCCUGCCCCCUUCUUUUCAAACUUACGGAAGAGUGUAGUGAUGUCCAUAAGCAUGCAAAGUUUGUAUUGCCCUACCCUGUAAUUCUAUAGCAUUCUGUACAUAGGCUGCAGAAUAAGCAGAAAUGGAUUGUUUUGAGACUGAUGUGUGUAAGUGGAGGCUUGUUAAUGGCCCACAUUACUGCUUAAAAUGCAGCAGAAUCCAAUUUCUCAGACUCCCUGCUUGACUUGACCAACUGGGCUCUUAAACCUUUUAUUUAAUGACACUUGCCCCCCGCCUUCCAGGCUUCACCUCAGUUGUUGUUUUCAUUUGAGCACAUAUGGUAAUAGCAAAGAAAUUAUAAAAAUUAAAGUAACAAUAUGGUGUUGGGUUGAUCAAAUAUUGAUGAUUGCAAGAGUGUUGAGGAGAGCUAGCUCAAGAGGAAAUGAACCAGUUCAGUGUUAGGCGCAGUACUAAGAAGUAUCUGCAAACAGAAUGCACAUAACGCCUGAAAGAUAAUCUCCUAAUGUACUAAUUUAUUGACUGUGCUCUGCAGGCAAGUGCCUCCUGCAGUUACCAUCUUAUCAGAAGGUCCAUUCUGUGAAAUACACAGCAACCAGACCUUUAGUGUUAUGGCUCCUACCUUUUGGAAUUCCCUCCCCUUGAAUAUUAGACAAACACCAUUUCUGUUAACUUUUUGGCACCUAACUUGAGCACCUUCCUCCUUCAACAAGCCUUUUAACUUGAGAUCUUUCCUAGUCUGCAUCUGUACUGGAAUGGUUUUUAAGAUGUUUUUAUCGCUGCUUCCUUGUCGCCCUGGGCUCCUUUGGGAGGAAGGGCAAGAUGCAAAUAAAUAGCACAAAUAACACAGAGAGAGUGUACACACAGAAAUUCAAAGGAUUUUCAUGGGUUCAUUUAUUUCGCGCUGUGAAAUAGUGGGGAUAUAAGCCAGUCGCAGAAGGCAGUGGAGAUGAAUUGUGGGAUGGGGCUGCCUUUUGUAUCAGGAUAACCGCCCUUAUCAGGAAAACUGUGCUAUUUCCAAGAUUGCGAAGUGCUACCCUUCACACAGGUGAGAGGGGUAUCUCUGUAGCAUGUAAAAGCCCUAUUCACCUCCCCUCUAGCAUGCACUUUCCUGGGCUGUUAAGGGACUCGUUGGUCUAUAUCAGGCAUGUGUCCAAAGUCCAUUUCCUAAUCCUGCCCGGCCGGUCAUUUUAAUCUGGCCUCCGUGGCAGUAGUAUACGUCAUGGGAUAAAAUCCUAAAAAAAAACUUCAACAACUUUGGGGUAAAUUUCAAAUUUCAAUCCUAAAAAAAGCUCAACAAUAUUGGUUGGUCCUUACGCAUGUUUACUUCAUCAAAUCUGGCCCUCUUUGAAAAAAGUUUGGGCACCUCUGGUCUUUAUGCACCUCCCAAAUGACUGUCCACCAGCAGCCAUCUGACAGUCAUGGAGCCUAAGAUUGGAGCAUGCAGGUAUGAUGGGCAUAAAUAUGCCAAGGUUGGGAGGGGGAGAAAAACAAUUAUGAUCACUUAUGAUGAUAGAUCGUAAUUCUUUAGAUCCUAAAGGCAUAAGAUUCCCUCUUCUCAUGCAGGCACUAUAGCUAACAUAAGGAAGGGUUGUGCCCUCCCAACCUAUUUUUAUUUUGUCUUUCCAUAUCUAUUAAAAAGUACUAAUUGGCAGACGUGCCUUAAUACACACAGGGAGAGGAUAUUGGACCUCCUGCCCUUUAGCUUGCGGUGUAUUUUUGGAUACUUUUGACACACAAUCACUGCCAAAAGCUUCAAGGGCGUACUCAAUUGAUCUAAACUUUAUUCAUGAACGGUGCUAACUGCAAUAGCCACACUCUCGUUUCUGAGCCUGUAGACAGUCUGUCUCCACUUAAGCAGCAGUGUGAGCAUUUAUAUAAAGUAUUAAUUUUGAGGAUUUGUAUACUGAAUUAUUUCACUUUUUGUGUUUAAUGUCAGUUGGAGUGCUGUAAGAGUCUGUCUUGUCUUCUGAAAUGAUAUAACCAAGUAUCAAAUCCAUAUUUUAUCAUUCUUUAACAUGGGAUUUAAAAUCUCGCUCCAAAGUACAAUGUAGUUUUUUAUCUGGAAUAAUAAAAUUGCAUCCUUUAAAAAUGAUUUUGUAUACUAUAAAACUGCUGACUUGGCAAUAAAACAUGCAUAGAUUUUUUUCCCUCAGGCAAUUGUAAUAUCACUAGUUCUCAUGACCAUUGUAUUAUAGACUAAACAAGAAUAAUUUUUCUUACACUAAAUGGGUUGGUUGUUAUUUUAUUAAAUUUCUGUGUGUGCAUAAAUGCUGGGUGGGGAAUCCAUGGCCUUCCAGAUGUUGCUAAACUACAACUCCCAUGAGCCCCAGUUAGCAUGACCAUUGACCCGAGAUGAUGGGAGUUCAGCAACAUCUGAAGGACGGUGUGUUCAGUAUCCCCUGCUGCAGAACCAACACUAGUAGAAGCCAUGUAACUGUUGGAAGAACAAUCACACUUGUUGUCCGUGUAGAGCUGGCUUCUUUGUUGGCAGUGGGAAAGUUACUGCAUAGCAUGGAUUAUGUUUUGGUGCAGAAAUAACAUGGGUAGUGACAAAGCUAACUGAUAACUUCGCAGCUAUCCAGAAUUGUUUGGGGAAGGACAUUGAUUUUAUCAGGUAUUCAAGGUAUAUACACCAUUGAGAACCUAAAUAAUGUGACUCUUGGUGUAUGGAGUGAAUCAUAGAAUCAUAGAAUCAUAGAGUUGGAAGAGACCACAAGGGCCAUCGAGUCCAACCCCAUGCCAAGCAGGAAACACCAUCAGAGCACUCCUGACAUAUGGUUGUCAAGCCUCUGCUUAAAGACCUCCAAAGAAGGAGACUCCACCACACUCGAACAGCUCUUACUGUCAGGAAGUUCUUCCUAAUGUUUAGGUGGAAUCUUCUUUCUUGUAGUUUGGAUCCAUUGCUCCGUGUCCGCUUCUCUGGAGCAGCAGAAAACAACCUUUCUCCCUCCUCUAUGUGACAUCCUUUUAUAUAUUUGAACAUGGCUAUCAUAUCACCCCUUAACCUCCUCUUCUCCAGGCUAAACAUGCCCAGCUCCCUUAGCCGUUCCUCAUAAGGCAUCGUUUCCAGGCCUUUGACCAUUUUGGUUGCCCUUCUCUGGACACGUUCCAGUUUGUCAGUGUCCUUCUUGAACUGUGGUGCCCAGAACUGGACACAGUACUCCAGGUGAGGUCUGACCAGAGCAGAAUACAGUGGCACUAUUACUUCCCUUGAUCUAGAUGCUAUACUCCUAUUGAUCAGGCCCAGAAUUGCAUUGGCUUUUUUAGCUGCCGCGUCACACUGUUGGCUCAUGUCAAGUUUGUGGUCAACCAAGACUCCUAGAUCCUUUUCACAUGUACUGCUCUCAAGCCAGGUGUCACCCAUCUUGUAUUUGUGCCUCUCAUUUUUUUGCCCAAGUGCAAUACUUUACAUUUCUCCCUGUUAAAAUUCAUCUUGUUUCUUUUGGCCCAGUUCUCUAAUCUGUCAAGGUCGUUUUGAAGUGUGAUCCUGUCCUCUGGGGUGUUAGCCACCCUCCCAGUUUGGUGUCAUCUGCAAAUUUGAUCAGGAUGCCCUUGAGUCCAUCAUCCAAGUCGUUGAUAAAGGUGUUGAAUAAGACCGGGCCCAAGACAGAACCCUGUGGCACCCCACUAGUCACUCUUCUCCAGGAUGAAGAGGAACCAUUGAUGAGCACCCUUUGGGUUCGGUCAGUCAGCCAGUUACAAAUCCACUGAGUGGUAGCAUAGUCAAGACCGCGUUUUACCAGCUUCUUUACGAGAAUAUCAUGGGGCACCUUGUCAAAUGCCUUGCUGAAAUCAAGGUAGGCUACAUCCACUGCGUUCCCUUCAUCUACCAGGCUUGUAAUUCUGUCAAAAAAACGAGAUCAGGUUAGUCUGACAUGACUUAUUUUUCAGAAAUCCAUGCUGACUAUUGGUGGUCACAGCAUUCCUUUCUAGGUGCUCACAGACUGUUUGCUUAAUGAUCUGCUCCAGAAUCUUCCCUGGUAUUGAUGUCAUACUGACUGGGCGGUAAUUAUUUGGGUCCUCUCUUUUCCCUUUUUGAAAAUAGGGACAACAUUUGCCCUCCUCCAGUCUGCCGGGACUUCGCCUGUUCUCCAGGAAUUCUCAAAGAUGACUGCCAGUGGUUCUGAGAUCACACCUGCCAGUUCUUUUAAUACUCUUGGAUGCAGUUCAUCUGGCCCUGGAGACUUGAAUACAUCUAAACUAGCCAAGUAUUCUUGUACUAUCUCCUUAGUUAUUCUGGGCUGUGUGUCCUCUGCUGAAUCAUUUGCUCCAAAUUCUUCAGGUUGGGCAUUGUUUUCUUUAUCAGAGAAGAGUGAGGCAAAGAAGGCAUUGAGGAGUUCAGCCCUUUCUGUGUCCCCUGUUUGCAUUUCACCAUCUUCUCCUCUGAGUGACCCCGCUGUUUCUUUGUUCUUCCUUUUGCUACGAACAUGCUUUUAACCUCUCUAGCAAGCCUGAGUUCAUUCUGUGCUUUAGCUUUUCUGAUUUUGUGUCUACACGUGCUGGCUAUUUGUUUGAAUUCCUCUUUGGUGGUUUCCCCCCUUUUCCAUUUUUUGUACACAUCCUUUUUUUAAUCUUAACUCAGUUAAAAGUUCUUUAGAUAGCCACCCUGGCUUCUUUAGGCACCUUCCAUGUUUCCGUCUCAUUGGUAUUGCCUGAAGUUGUGCUUUUACUAUCUCCCUCUCAACAAACUCCCAGCCAUCAUGAACUCCCUUUCCUUUUAGUAUUACUGUCCAUGGGAUCUCACCCAGCACUUCCCUAAGUUUUAUGAAGUCGGCUUUCUUAAAGUCAAGAAAUUGAGUCCUAGUAUGCUUGGUACAAAAGGUAUACUUAAAACAGAGAAGGGCUGGUUGUGCAGUGAAAAUGUGGAGAGUGAAAUCUCCCUCGCUCCUUGUACUUGGAACCUUUGACACACAUCUGUGUUCAGCGCAAUCAGUUAAAUAGUCUCCCUUUUUCCUCUUACCUGUCACUGAGAGCCAGAGUGCUGCACUGGCUAGAGUGUUGAACUUGGAACAGGAGGACAUGGGAUCAAAUUCUACUCAACUGCAAAGCACACUAGGUCUCCACGCCCUGCCCCUUCCUCCCCUGACCUGUCACAUGUUGAGUGCAAAGCUCUGCAUCUUCAGCUCAACAUGACUAGAAUCCUUCUUCAAACCUGUACGCUUAAUAUGCAAAGGCUAGGAAGCAGGGUGGGACUGGCAUAAAUGGGAGACCUGGGGGUGGAACCAGAAUUUGCGCCUUCUACAAAAUAUGAGCCCUUACACAUUCAAAGAAGGCUUCUUCCCAUACAUAUACCACCAGUAAAAACUCUCAAGACAGGAUUCCUUUAAAAUAGUCCUCUGGCAAAAUAAACAAAAACUGGAAAUCUUUGUCCUAUGUCCUGAAACACUCAGGACGUCGUCUUAGAGAUUCAGAAGAACUCUAAGGCUUGAAGAAAAUUCUGUUAAACAUCUGGUAGUCAUUUAAUGGUUAGGGCUGACUGAUCUCUUUAUAUAGACCCUCAGCACUGAAUUAAUUUUUUCUGUCUGUACUGUUAUACUUUAUUAUAUUCUUUCAGCUCCUGAGGGCUGAACAUUGAACAAUCACCUUCUUUAAAACAGAUGUUAUACAAUUAGCAUAGAAUUGUAGCAGGUCCCAUACAUCAACUUAAAGGGCUGUCAGCUAAAGCUGUGUUAAUGUGCAUGCAUAAUGCAUCUGAUGGGGGAAGUGCUUUUUCUUCUUCUAAUGAACAACUUCCUUACAAGAUAGGCAAAAAUCUGUGCCCUCUUGCUAAAGUACUUAUUUCCCUUGUGCAGUAAUACUCUAUGCAUUAUUGAAAAGCUUUAAAGCAGUUGCUGGUGGUGGAGGAGGGGAGAAGGCCUUACGUUGCAAAUAAUGACGAUAAUGAAAUUCCACAAAGUCAUGCUUCAUUACUGUUUACAACUUUGGAGUGUCUUCUGUAUGAGAGCACCAGGAGUAGAACCAGGAGGAUUUAGAGCAUGAUCCACAAUACUACUUUGCAAUGCUGAUGCGAUGAAACUCAUUGCAUCUCUGUGUUAACUAAGACAAUCUUCCUGGUUGCUAGAUAUUAUACAGCCCAGAAGCCAUGCACUGGUACUGUCUUAUUUCUGGUCUGAACUAAUUGGAACAAGGCCAGGCACUGCUUAAAAGGAAACACCACCUCUCUCAUUGGAGUCUAAUAGUUUCAGUUUCAGCCACCAGCUUGUUUGGUGAUGAAAGAUUGUAUUCAUUCCCUGCCAUCUAAUCCAGUAAUCCCUGGGGUUUUGAUCAAAGCAGAAGAUUGGGAACACCGAAUUGGGCAAACAAAUUAUGUGGAUGUCCACUUUGUUGUUGUUUAGUCGUGUCCGACUCUUCGUGACCCCAUGGACCAGAGCACGCCAGGCACUCCUGUCUUCCACUGCCUCCCGCAGUUUGGUCAGACUCAUGUUUGUAGCUUCGAGAACACCGUCCAACCAUCUCAUCCUCUGUCGUCCCCUUCUCCUUGUGCCCUCCAUCUUUCCCAACAUCAGGGUCUUUUCCAGGGAGUCUUCUCUUCUCAUGAGGUGGCCAAAGUAUUGGAGCCUCAGCUUCACGAUCUGUCCUUCCAGUGAGCACUCAGGGCUGAUUUCCUUCAGAAUGGAUAGGUUUGAUCUUCUUGCAGUCCAUGGGACUCUCAAGAGUCUCCUCCAGCACCAUAAUUCAAAAGCAUCAAUUCUUCGGCGAUCAGCCUUCUUUAUGGUCCAGCUCUCACUUCCAUACAUGUCCACUACUUGGUAGCAAAAGGCACAGGUGAUUAUUACUUGUUGUGGGAAGUGGGUGGAGCAUGAGACUCAACCCACAUUGGGCAAAAGAUUCCUGCAUUGCAGGGGGUUGGACUAGAUGACCCAUGUGAUCUUUUCCAACUCUACAAUUCUGUGAAUCUCCAUAUAUACAAAGACAGUGCUCAACAUGGAGUCAAGUGAGAUUUAUUGUUGACGAAAUGCUAAUGAAAAAUUGCUGCUGGUGAUUCAGACUAGAGUGAGGGAGAGUGGAUUUAAAUCCCCACUCAAGCGUGGAGCUCACUUGGGGCCAUUCGCUCUCACUUCCAUGUGCCUCGCAGGAUUGUGGGGAUAAAUGGGUGGGUGGGAACCAUGUGCGCUGCCUUGAGCUCUUUGGAGGAAAGGUGGGGUAUAAAACUCUUAAAAAUAUACACCUCACGUGUCAAAACCCAAGGUAAAGAGGUGUGACUUCAGCAUUUGCCGAAAACUGUAUAGUAAAGCUGUCAGAUGCACCUCUGGGGAGGGAGUCCCACAGUUUAUGGGGCUGCCGCAAAGAAUGCUGUUUCACAGGCUACACACACCAAACAUCUGAGAGCGGUGGAGCCAUAUUCAAGGAACAGGCUUACAGUGGCUGAAUUGAGAAUGUUCACCCUUCUACAGCAAAUGUGUAACUGUACAUAAUAUUGCAAAUGGUUUCCUUCCUACUUUAUUCAUUAAUUUUUUUAAAGGUUUAAACUCCCUUUUCUCAGUCCAUUGAAGUCAGGUAGAAGCACAGUGUUAUCUGUAUUUUGUGUAUUUAAAGGUUUGUGAAUCUGUUUCGUUACAUAAAAAGCUUUGAGUUUCUGGAGUCCGAGGCUUGGGACAUCCCUUAAGAGGAAUCCUUCUCAAGAUACGCUGUUUCUAGUUCAGGAAGGUUGGGGCAACUCUCCAGAACAGCAUGGGAGUUGGUGCAGGGAACAACUGCAAGGAGAAAGGAUUAAUUAUAAUUACCUUUCACCAGAAAUGGAAAGGCAACUCAGGAUCUAAGCCAAAGUUUGUUUGUAGCCUUUGUCAGUAAAUUUAAUGGGAUUCAGAAUUGUUACUCUUAAAGUAACAAUUUACUUUAAGAGUAAAUUACUUUAAGAGUAAAUUUACUCUGCUUUUUCUGAGCAAUAAUUUCCCAGCACAGGCCCUUUGUUAAGCUCCAGGUUUUCUGCUGUUGCAAGCUCACUGCUUUUGUGUUUUUCUUCAGCUGAGAAACUGGACUGUUGAAGAACUUCAAAGAAGACUCGGGGCGCUUGACCCCAUGAUGGAGCAGGAGAUAGAAGAAGUUCGCCAAAGGUAUCAGUCGAAACGGCAGCCAAUUCUUGAUGCCAUUGAAGCAAAGAAGAGACGCCAGCAGAACUUCUGAGGAAAGCCUGCCAGUAGAAUAGAUAUCCAUCAUCCCUAACAAUAAACUGCGUUUCUAUGACUACUGUGUAGGUGGAUUUCUGUUUUAAAUGGUCCGGUUUUCACGUGACACUAAGCCAAACCAUAGCUUAGCAUGAACAAAUUCCCAGAGAGGAGAUGGUGGCUUUGUUCUUACUCUGGUCAAUCUGCUGGGCUGCACUGAGCAAAGUCAUGAUUUGGCUUAGUGUGUCCUCUGAACCCAGUCUUGUGAUUUAGCUCUUACAGACAAACCACAUGCUGUAACCAAGGAUUGUCCUAGCGUUUAUGAUUUGGAAAGAGCUAAGCCAUGAGCCCAGGUUCAGAAGAUACACUAAAUCAAAUCGCAGCUUAACUCAGUGCAGUGCAACAGCAUCAGGACCAGGGAGGAGCAAAAUCCCUGCUUUGUGUUAAGCCAUGGCCUGGCCUAGCGUUGUGUGCAAACAAUGGCAAUGUGUUAGCAAAGCAAGCCAGUGGCUGCUUCCUCCAUUUACUGUAGCACCUUUUCAAACUCAGGAAUGCCAUUAUGUGGAGUCCUCAUGAACAGAUUAUGCUUGUGUUUCAGUGUUAGAUGUGUUCUGAAUAGAUCGCAUGUUGCUUCAGAGAAGUCCUGUUACUUUUGGAGCCUGUCUAUAUAUUUUGGAGGAACAGUUGGAAACAGACUAAAAGAAUGUUGGUGCUCAGAUGGCCAGUCAGUCUCACAGGCCUGUUUUCUGCCUUGUGGGUUUAUCCCAUCCUGUGGUGUAAGGCUGCCUCAUUGGUUCAUGAAGAAAACAAAGUAGGUAAAAUGCUGUCUUUUGUUGGAUGCACUUAGGUUGGACUGCAAGGAUGCAAACGUAUGCUUCUUUUUGUGAAACUCUUAAGUGCUUGUGAAACCAGAAACCUUGCACACUUGUCUGUUCACCUAAUUUGGCCCAAUAAAAGAUGCAUAGCUUAACUUCCGUAUCUCCUUUAUGCAGCAACCACUUUGUAUUAAACUGCUCCCUCUUUAAACUUCCCCCUGUUACUGUUUAAUGGUACUCUGGAAAUAGGUUUUUAAAAGAAAAGUGAUUCACUGGCAAAAACAUGCAACCUGCUCCAGCAUUUGAAAAGGAAUAUAAACUCUUUUUGUCCCUUCCAAAAGCCUGUAAAAGUCCCAUGCCUUACAAUUCCCCCUUUUAAAGUAUUGAAUUUCAGGCUUAUAUUUAUAUCCUUUCCACUGUGUACUUUAUGAGUGAAUGCUGAUAACAUUUGAGUGAUUUCUUGGUAUUUUUAAAAUAUAUUAAUGUGAAACCAACCCAUCACUCAAGAAAACGUGAAUCCUACUUUGUAUUUCUUCAGAAUUCCUUGCAGCAGAGGAAUGUCAAAGUACUUGCAACUCAGGAAAUUAGGAACUCUAUUGAGAUAAUGAGAGGUUUGAAAUAUUUAAGGAAUUGUGAAUGUUUAUGGGCUUUGCUAUUUUGAGCUUGAUUUGUUUGAGGCUUGCAAUAUUAGUUUUAAAUUUUAAACUAGAAUGUGUUUUUCUGUUUAUUUGGAAAGGUUAAGGACGUCAGUUAAGAUUAAAAUAACAAUCUGUUGGCUCAAAAGAAUAAUUUCAAAAUGCCCUUUUAGGAAAAGCUUGAUGUGUCAAGCUUAAUAAAGCAAUUUCAUUCAUUUCUAAGCAGCAGGACUCCUGCUAAAAUAAAGUGUGUGAGAGUGUGUCUGAUGCUCUGUGCAAUUCUCACUCAUUGCUGUUGGAUUUGCACAAGAGAAAUUUAUGAUGGAAUGUGCCUGUGGUUAUUGGCCUCCCCAGGUUUCACAAGUAUCAGAACACAAUGACCAAGCUCUAUAAAAAGGCCUGUUGUUUCAGCAUGUGAAUGAAAGGAGCACAACAGUCUGCCAGUCCAGCAGCAGCCCCCCUGUGCCUCAUAAAUUGCUCCUCAGAGGGUCCCAUGACCUUCAGAGGGUGCAUAGGAAGUGGGUAGCUAAAAUGUCACAUUUGUGGCUGCAAGGCGGCAUGCCUGUUGCAUCCUAGCCAGUCUCUACAGUUCUUGAUGUUGCAGCGUGAUAAACUGGAAUAAAGGAAGAAAUGUGCAGAUACACUUCCAUUCUUGCUGCUCAAGGCCUGAAAAUUAUUUGUGAAUAGCCCGUGUGUAACUUCUGUUUUACUCUGGUUGCAGCAGAGGAUUAAACACUCUGGUACUAACCUUUUAGGGUGGGUGUGGAGGAGAGAUCAUGACCUAGCCUCCAAUCUCUCCUCUUCACUUAUCCCAGCUGCAAUGUGUGCUCUCAUCCCAGUUGCACCGUAGGCCAUGCAUUCUUUUGCAUGUGGUGAGUGUGACCUGAACCAAGUUUACGUUUCAUGUGCUAGUGGGGAAGGGUGAAGUCAUCCAAACCCUUUCUGCUGCUGAAGGAAGUUUGUCUCAUUGUAAGCAGAGCUCAAGCUCUUUUCAAAAAUAUAGGGAAGCAUUGCUGUUAAGACCACCUGCUGAAGAGCAGUGGUUUAAUUGCCAGUGUUUCUCUUUCUAACGACCUGGCCAAGGAUAUAUUUGGCUUAGCCCAGAUCAGGGCUGGGGAACCUCUGGCCCUCCACAUGUUGUUGUGACUCCUAACACGCAAGGAGAUGCUGGGAGCCAAUGCCCAGGGUUGAUGGGAGUUGUAGUCCAGUAGCAGCUGGAGGACCCCAGGUUCCCCAUCACUGCCCUGGAUGGAGAAGCCCUAAAAAAGCUGAGCAGAAAUUAGCAAUCCGGUUGUACAAGUUCAGUGACGGAAAGAGAAGUAUUAAAAUAAACCAAAGUAAUUAUGUUCCCUGUAAAGCCAUGCUGAUCAGCUGCUGUUCAAGUAUGUACAGUUUGCAACGCAAGCUAACCUUUUGAAAUACUCGUUUUUUGUUAAUGGUUCUAGCAAAUAGAAAUCUGCCAUGAAAGGCUAGAAAGCCAGUCAUUUGCAAUUUAACUAUGGAGGUGCAAGCAAAGGGGUAAAGUGAGGGGAUGCUACCUGCAGCAGAAAUGUACUUUAUUUACUGCGCAAGUAAAUUUAUUUUGCACCCCCUCCAUCUACUGUUUCCUUGCUUUAAAUGCAAUUUUCAACUAUGUGAAUCAGGUGGGAGGACCUUUCUCAGUAACCCAUGAAGCCAGAUGGCUGCUAAAGUGGGUGCCUUUUGCCUCUGGCUAUGAUGCCUACCCCACAGUAUUUCACAUUCAGGUAUUUAGGUGAGUAGCUUGCUCUCACAUAAAGGAGAUGGUCCUUUAGCUGGGAAUCUUUGCCUUUACAAUAUGUGCCAUGGUAGCAGGGAAAUACAUGUGUUUGGGAUGUCUUGUCUGCAACCAGCCAGACUCUUAAUGAGUCUCCUAAUGAAAUAUUACUAUUUUUGUUGUGGAAGCAAGUGAAUGAAAAAGCACAGCAGUCUCAGUAACGUAGUCCCAUCCCCCCCUCCCAAUCUAAAAGAUAUGAGAAUGAAUUGCUGGAUUCCUGCUAUUGUAGUUCAGCAUCAGGAAGCCAUCUUCAGUAAAUUCAGCCUAAUCAAAGACUCCGGCUCUCAUUUUGAAUUCUUCUGCAAGAAUAUACCACUUCAUCUAUCACCCAGAUUGUAAUUUUAGGGACUUCUUCUGAAAGAAUGUUGUCCAGAGCAAACAGUGUUUAAAGCAAGGUAUUCAUAUACUUAUGAAAUCUCAUUCUCGUGGUUGAUGGGUCCAUAAACACAGCUUGAAGCAUUCCGGAUAAGCUGCCAUCUUUUCUUCCCACCGCCCUAAAUCAAGUGUUUGGUUGUUGGUUCUGUGAAAGACUUAAAUGUGAAGUUAGUCGCUUUAAUGUUUUGUAAUGAAGUUAGCACAUCAUACCCAAUGUAACUUGAAAUUUCUCUUUUGUAGAGAUUUGUCUGAUUUGUACAUAUUAGAAUGGAUUGGAAUCCUUAGUUUGUAUAUGUAUGAAAGCAACUUUUUAUUACAUGUUCCUUUUGAGUUUGAUACAGUUCUUUGUUUUGAGUUUUAAACACCUUGCCUUAUUUGUUUAAUAGGUCAAAAUAAACUGUUCCAAUAAAAAAAGUUGGUUUUUUGUGGUUU